GCCCGGUGGCGCUCGCGUCCCAGAGGCGCUGUCCUUUCCCUCUCCGCAACCUUCCCCCGCUCUUUCCCUGCGUCCUUUUCUCUCCUCUCUCCCCCCGCGCUGCUUCUGCCGAUGGGGUUGCCGAAGUGGGAGGGGGUCGUGGAGGGCGUUUCCCCGGUCGCCGCGCGGCGUCACUCCCAGCAUGCAGCGCGGCCCGCUCCUGCCGCCGCCGCCGCUGCCUCCGCCGCCGCCGCUCCUGUCACCGCCGCCGCCGCCGCCGCCUCUCCCGCCGCCGUCACUUUCGCAGCUGCUGCCGCCGCCGGCGCCGCGGGGCUGGGAGACAUGGCGGAGGGAGGCGCGGCGGACCUGGAGACCCAGCGCUCGGACAUCGCGGCGCUGCUCAAGACGGCGCUCCGCAAGGGCGACACCUGGUGAGGGGCAGGGAAGGGAUGGGGGAGGGGGAGGCCGAGGAGGGGGAGAGGCUGGUGAGGGGCCCUUCUGAGUGACAGGUGCGGGCGGAUCCUGCCUGCCUCGCCCACCUCUUUUUCUUGGGGGGGGGUGGAAGGCGGCAGCAGCCCGCCGCCCUUCCUCUCCGCCCCCCCACCACCAUCACCAACCCCCAAAAUGCGCUGGGAGCGGCAUCCCCAUCGACGAAGGGGCUCACCUUGCCUCGCAGGUGGCGCCAAGGCGGGGCCAGGCGCUCACAGCCGUCCACCCGCCCCUCCGCGCAUCUUUCCCAUGACAGGUUCUGGAGAGGCAAGGUUUGUGCCAAGGUGCUGCUUCCCUCUCUCACCUGCGAGAGGAAGAGGCGAGCCGGUCCAGCCGGCUUUCAGUUGCAGGCACUUCUUCUCCCAGGUGUUUUCUCCUAUUGUUUCAAUCGGCCGGAAAACUACCACACACAAAAAACCACACACACACCCUAUUUUUUUCUGUGUAUUGAAGGCAACCAGUGAUCGAGUGUGACUGUUUUCUGGGUUAAGGUUUCUCAUCCACAGCAUAGGCUUUCCCCCAGAAAGCUUACAUAUUGCAAGGCCUUGUCUUUUCUGCCUGACUGUUGCUUGUCACUUCUGGAUUUCCUUUAGGGUUUCACCUCGCCUGGUUUCUUCCACAACGUUCCUUUCUUUUCCUCUCCACCCUCCCUGUAGAUUGUAUUUAUCAGCAAACCGUAUCAUUGUUUUAUGUUUUUUCUUCUGGUGCAGUACUAGCUGAAAUACCUGGGAAAUGGAUCUUGUCACCUCCUGGCUUAAUUGUGCUGAAUCUUGAAGAACGUUUUGGUAUUUGUGGAGUAAGAUGUGACUAAACAGAUCAAUUAUGCACACAUGUUCCCCCCCACCCCUCUAUUAAAAGAGAAGUUAAUCCUGGGCCAUGGGGAAAUUCUUGGAUUUUGGAGAUUGAGGAUAACUUUGUGCAUCCAGCAGCCACUGUGUUAUCUUGGAGCAUGCAGAACUGCCAGUGGGAUUGUGGCCUGGAUAUGUGAAGAUUUCAUAAAUGGGCUGUUGUGACUACUUGUGUCAUGGCAGUAACAUGUAUCACGCAGUGACAGUUCAUACAAACAGCUGCACCUUGUGAAUCCUAUUUAGGCAGCAAGCACAAGGGUGACUGCAUGGAGGCUGUCAGGUGUGUCAGUCAGCCUGAUUUUUCAUAAGUUGUUUGAAACUUGUUAAAGUACAGUCCGAUGCAUGUUUACUCAGAAAUAAGUACCACUGUCUUAAAUGGGGCUUAGAGAGCGAUCCUAACUGCUAGUCAGAAAUGCCAGGGCUGAAUGGUGCAGUGGAGCUUCUCUUGCUGGCCAAAGCGCAAGGCGGGGGGUGUAUGUAAGCGAAAAUGUUGAUUUUACUGUGCCAGCUCCUUGCUAUUACAGCAAACAGGCCUAUGAUCAGUAACUGGAAUCCAGUGGGCCUUUGUCCAGCCCAACUCUGCCGCUACUCCCUUGCUCCUGUUCUUUCAGAGAGUACAGCAGCAACUUCCAUGGUUAUGGAAUCGCGUGGAGUGACACCACUAUCACAUCCUAACCCCUUCCAGUGAUCGGGGUUAGGGUUGCUUUAUUACUCCCUACUGAUAGGUUUUAGGAUUGCAGGGUUAAUUAUACCAAUUCAUUGGGUUUGUUCAACUAUAAUUUAUGUUACCAUACAAGAAGCAAGUGGGCUUGAGUCUUGUCAAAUACAGGUGUGUAGGAAUUAAACACUUAACCUAUUUCUCAUUUGUUUUCUAUGUCUGUCAUUGCACCCUGAAGUCUGAAGUUUCCUACAUGUUAAGGCCCAGUUCAAAUGCACUGUUGCUACUGGGAACUGGGAACAAGCUUGAGCAUUCGCCCUGUUCCGUCUUCCUCUUUUUUCACUCUGCUUUAGAGGAGACUUCCUGGCUUGCCAAAUCAGUUUCCCAUUAUGUCUGAGCUGGAAAUUGUUCUCUAAGUCCUGCCUACACACAGCACAGGUUUAUUGUGAUUUGCAAGCCAGGGUUAUAGGCAGCAUUAAAUUAUGGUUUCCAAAUCACAGUAAUCUGAUUUAAUAAACCAGAAAGUAUCUUCCCAAGCUGGGGAAACAUAGUUAGUUGGAGUGGAAGCAUGAUAUCUGAACUUGACUUGAAUUACAUUAUCUCAUCUCAGCCACAAGCUGCUACUCUCUCAGUAAUCAUCCUGCAAAAUCACAACUGUGUUGGCCUACCUUAAAGAGCUGAUGUGAGAAUUGCUGACAGAGUAUAUGUAAAGCAUUUUCAGGUCACUGAAUAAAUUUUACAGUACAAUUCUGAACAUGUUUACUCAGAAGUAAGACUUAUUAAAUUCUGUGAGACCUUAGUUACACAUUUCUGUCCCAACCAUACUAUAUAAUUUUGAAGAGUUCUUUUGAAGUUGAGACUAGAAAUGAAGAUGCAGCAUAUUCUUUACAAAUUAUGAACUACCCUACAACUAGGUGAAUAAGUGUGUCCAUUGUCACAUCUGCCUCCCCCUUUUUCCCUCAAGAGCUCAGUGCACCAUACACAGACACCCCAUUUUAUCCUCUCAGCAACCCUGAAAGAUAGUGUAGACUGUAGACUGAGUGAUAACAAGAGGUUCAAGGCCACCAGAGAACUUUAUGGCUGAGAGAAGGGAUUAAAUGCUGCACUACACUAGUUCUCAUCUGCCUUUCAUUGUUUAACACAAAUUUGUGCACGCUUACUCAGAAAUAUGUCCCACUCUUUUCAUUUGGGCUUUUUUUUCUAGGUGUGUAUAUAGUAUAGCAGCAGCCCUAAUUAGCUACUAAAACUGGUCCCAUAAGUAUGACGGCAUGAAAUUAAGACAGAUAGUAAGUCCUGUUUAGGGAUUCACAUAUUUUAACUAGGCAUAGGUAGGCUAUAGGAAGUGAGACUCACCUUUCUUCUGUCCUGCUGCACAGGCAUUCUUUUGAUACCCACUCCCUGAAGAAGAAUGGUGGGUGAUAUGAGUAUUUGUUCCAACUUCUUUCUGCCACUCCAUACAACUGAACCUGAUGGCUUGGCACCAUUUUGAAAGACUCACUCUCUGCUUCAUUGUAUUGCUGAUGGCUUACUAAAAGCUUCUAUGGUGGGGUACACUAGUUGUCUUCUUCAUAAUGAAUCGAUGGCUGCCACAAGCAACCUAACAACUGUAUUUGUAGAAUUCUGGUCCCAGUGAUCUCAGUGGGAUUUACUUCAGAAUAAACAUGCUUAAGGUUGUACUACCAGAUAAAAUCUCACACUAAAUUAUUGUGAUAUAUUAUAUACUGGAGUAUUAGGAGAAGGUAUAGUCUUAAACUCAGAGAGUUGACGAUGAAAGUUGUAAGCAAGUGUAGUAAUGAGUAAUGUUUGUGUUGUUUUAAGAUAAAUUGAACUUCAGAGGUUUGCUGUAAUUUGAGAAGCUAUACACAGUUUCUCCUAUUCUAAGCAUGAAGAUUUCACCAUCUGAUUCCGUUUUUCAAACAUUUGUAUGACAACAUACUUCGUCACAGAGAAGAACUAUAGUUCAGAGAUAGUGUACAUGCUUUGCAUGCAGCAGUUCCCAGUUCUAGUCCCAAGCAUCUCCAGGGGAAAGUCACCUGUCCGAAACUAUGGACAGUCUGCAUAGGCAAGGAGAUUGCCAACCUUUUUGGUCCCAUGAACAUACUUGAAAUUUUGAGAGUGCUCAGUGAGCAACAGUGCUCACCACUAUCUCCCUCCCAUUCUCUCAGAUUGCUCCUUUUCUGUCCAGCUGCUCAGGUGUUGAUCUGUAUGUGCUUUUCAAGGCUAGUAUGAGCAGCUCAGGUGCUGAGCUGAGCCUUGAAAAGUACAUAGAGCUGAAAGCAGUUUUAGAAACAGAGAUAUGAAAGCUAGGAGCUAAAUGGCACCUUAAACCCAGGUUAUGCACGCAACAACGGAAUGUCUAGGCGUCUUUUUUUUAUAACGAAUACAAAUGAACUGCAGCUAAAAUAUUAUGUUCAUUUUUCACAUGGUCUAGUCCUUCCCCUGCCCAUCCCCCUGAUAUUCUUGAGAGGGUCUCUUCUCUAGUCUUCAGAGAGUAGCUGGAAGUGGGGAGGCAGGAAAAGGUCCUCCUUUCCUUCUACUCUGCAGUUUUAAUCUGAAAUCUUAGGCGCAGUACUGCACCCAGAGCUCAGAAACUGUUUGCGCUAGUGAAAAGUGUGCCUAGAACAAUGGUAGUUUCGAACACUGGCUAAAAGAAGUGGUAAAGUGUGUUGAUUUCUGACUUUCUCCUUUGGUACUAUGCACUUUCGAAGUGGGAGGGGACAUAAUCACCAUUUCUGCCUCAUAACCAAAGCAGCUGUGAGGAAUGCAGGGGAGGGAGGAGUUCGGAGGCUUUGUGGGCAGCAGGGUAGCACUCUGCACCUUCAAGGUGACCCCAUUGGUGACCCCAGGUAUAGACAUUUAUGAGCUCCAUGGACCAAUGGUCUGAUUCAGUAUAAGGGACCUUCCUAUGUACUAAAGAUAUUUUCUCAAAUAUUUUUGAAAACUCUAAACCUGCCACAUUACAUCUGAUAGAUAGAUAGAUAGAUAGAUAGAUAGGAGACUGCAAUGAGCUUCAUAACAAUGGACCUGGUUAACAGUAACAUGCUUCGGUUAAUUUAAGAAUCCUGCAAGUACCUUUAUGUUGCUUCCAUCAUCGUGGCAGGGUUAUAUUUACAAGGAGCUUAAUUGUAGUGAUGGGGCUUGUUCACCCAAUAUACCAUAACUGUAAUGUUUGGGAAAUGCCCAUUGAAAGGAGCAUGAUCUCUGUUCAUGUAUUAGCUUGCUGCGAUUAAUUAUAUAUGCACGCAUGUUUGUGCAUAUGGAGGGUUUGAGAGUGAGUGUGCCAUGCUUAGUAUGGUUAAGGAAGAGUAAAGGAGAAAGACAAAGUGGAUCUGAUUCUACUGGCUGCUCCUGCUCCUUGCUUGUGUUGUGGUGUCUUGGAUUACAAACCCACUUAGAAUGUGGAGAGUGCCCUGCUUCCCCCCCCCCCCCACUGCUGCCCUGGCUGCUACGGGGGGGGGGGGCAAGGUGCAGUAGGCCCAGUUAUCUAGACUGAGCUCCAGCCUUCCAGUUAUGAGCUGUGGCGGUGAAUAGGUAAUGAAAGUCCUUCUGUCUGGCUUUUGAAACAUUAGCAUUUAAGUUCAGGAAUGUGGAGGGAGAGAGAUAGUUUUUUGAACUUGUAAGUACCCUCCCACUAGUUGGACACUAGUUUAAAAAGGGUAAAGGACCCCUGACAGUUAAGUCCAGUCGCGAACGACUCUGGGGUUGCGGCGUUCAUCUCGCUUUACUGGCCGAGGGAGCCGACGUUUGUCCGCAGACAGUUUUUCUGGGUCAUGUGGCCAGCAUGACUAAGCCGCUUCUGGUGAAACCAGAGCAGCGCACAGAAACGCCGUUUACUUUCCCACUGGAGCGGUUCCUUUUUAUCUACUUGCAUUUUGACAUGCUUUCGAACUGCUAGGUUGGCAGGAACUGGGACUGAACAACGGGAGCUCACCCCGUCGCAGGGAUUCAAACCGCCCACCUUCCAAUCAGCAAGCCCUAGGCUCAGUGGUUUAGACCACAGUGCCACCCGUAUCCCUGGACACUAGUUUAGUGUGUAAUAAUUAUGUUUGCUUCUGAUCCAGAUGUGUUUUCUAAUAGCCAAUCACACCUCUAGGCACGAUCUUCAAGGCUGUGCAUAAGUAGACUUCUAUAUCAUGUUUGAUGUUCACACAGUGUUUCCUAGAAUAGCAGAAGAUUGUGGCAGUCGCUGUUUUCUGUCUAGAAACAUUUUUUAUGUGUAUGGGACUAUGCACCAAACAUCAGGUGCGGAAGACAAGAAGAAUUUCUGCAAAAAUUACUUAGAUAUGAUUUAUAAUGGGAAGAAGAUAAAAAUCCAUUCAUUUCGUAUUUUUAGUUCAAACUGCAUGCUACAGAUAUUAACACAUAGAGUAUUUACACAGGAUACAAUCUUUGUAUCUAUUGCUGUGUGUCAUAGCAGCUGGGCAUUCAUGGUCCAUAGCUCAGUCCCUGGCAACUUCAGCUGAUGAAUCCUAAUAGGGCUGGACAACAGCUGCCAGUCACUGUACAGAAUACUGAGUCAGGGUGGACCAUUGAUUUCUUAUGGUAUAGUCCUUAAGUGGUUUGUUCUUGGAGCCCAUUUCCCAAAGCACAAAAUUAAUCCCUAAUUUUUAAAACAAAGGACAAAAGGUAGAUUCACUUCAGGGUUUUUUUUUGUGUGCUUAGAGUCACUGGUCAACAUGUAAAGAAUCCUCAGCCAAAUAUGCAUUCAGAAAUUAAUUCCAGUAGUUCAGGGAUGUAGUUAGCUGUUACCAAGAUUUUUACCCUGCCAUUUCACAUGAUAAAGAACCCAGGUGAUUGAGUGUGACUUUCAUGUGUUUGGUUUUAUUUUUCCUGUUAGCCAGUUGAAAGGCAUUUAAUAGCUUCUUAAAACUUACUUAGCUCUUACUGGAUUUUCUUUUAUUUAAUUUACCCAAGAUGCUCGCUGUAAUUGCAUUUUUAGUGUCAUAAGUAGGUCUUGUCCUCUGCAUGUUUUUUUAAGGUUCUCCCAAAAUUUGAUGAGUGUAUAAAAACAAGGGGAUCUAUACUUAAUAGAACACCAUUAGAAUGUAUUGUUGCUUGAUUAGAAAGAUGCAUGCAGAAGUUUAAUCCUGGACAUUUGCAUUUAAAUAGUCAGGCCACAGGUGAUAGGGGAAACCCAUGCCAGUGACCUUGCAAAGUCAUUGCCAGUCAGAAUUGAUGGUAUUGGGCGUUAGAUGGACUACUGGUCUGACUCCACAUAAGGCAGCUUAAUGGUUAUUAUCUACCCCAUGACCAUGAGAUGGGGUAUGCUGUAAAUGUAAACAUAUUGGCAGGGAGAAUAUGCUGGUCAGUUUCUCUGCUUUCUUUGUCUACAAACCCAGCUGUAAUAGUUAAAAAUAUCAAACUGUUGCCGCUUCUGUCUUCACUGAAAGGCUUAUGAAAGCCAUAGAGAAUGCACAUUCACAACGGCAAAAAGUACAGAAGUGAUUUCAGUAUCCUUACUAUGAAUUUGAGGUAUAGUCAACUGAUAUUAAAGUAAUGUGUACUUUCUGAAUCAUGUUCAAGCACAGAUGUGAAGUAGAGAAAUAAAUGGUCUAUGCUUUCUUUUUCCUUAUCACACAAAUUUGGUUGUUGAUUGUUGCUAUCAAUAUGUACUGGAACACACAGCAGUUAGAAUCCACUCCUGUGCUAGAAUAAUAUCCCAGCGAUUACAGAUAAGUUUGAUGAACAGCCCCCCCCACUUCAUAAAGCAGUUUUUCCCAAGGACAUUAAUAUACAUUUGAGAAGAAUGCUUCAACAAAGGAAUAAGCACUACUUAAUGCUGCCUUUUGAUCAGGCUGGUUUAAUUAUUUUUAAAAAUAAGCAUCUAAAAUGUAAACUAUGAGUUUCACAGAGCAAAAUGAACUGAACUGUGUUGUGUUUCACAACAGUGAAGGAGUGUAGUCAAUAGGUUUUUAUAGCAGGUUAAAUUGUUUAGUUAGCAGCUUGAAGUCUAGGAUGAAAAUGUUUCUUUGACUAUUUCAACCAAAGCUUUGGCUGUAUCUGAAUCAUUUAUGCUCACAUGUUUGUGAUCUGAUGAGAUUAAGUAUUUGUUUCACUUCAUGAGAAUGGGUAGAGUCUCUCUUCCAUCCGUAGGAACGUUGAGUAUACAAUGUACAGUGGUGCCCCGCAAGACGAAUGCCUUGCGAGACGAAAAACUCGCUAGACGAAAGGGUUUUGCGUUUUUUGAGUCGUUCCGCAAGACGAAACGUCUUGCGAGUUUGUUUCCUUUUUCUUAAAGCCGCUAAGCCGCUAAUAGCCGUGCUUCGCAAGACAAAAAAACCGCAAGACGAAGAGACUCGCGGAACGGAUUAAUUUCGUCUUGCGAGGCACCACUGUAUUCUAUAAAGGCUGGCACUCUUUAUAAAAUACAAUUUACAGUGCAAUCCUAUGCAUAUUUGCAUGCAGUCUACAGUCCUUUUCUUACUACAAUUUUCUGGUCUUCACUUUGAUUGCAUAGUUCUGUUCUCUUGGGAAUUAUUGGUCCGAUGGUUGUCCACAGUGGGUGCUCAUGAACUACAAUUAAAAAUAUGAUGUUGAUUACUUAGAGGAGGUAUUAUGCCAGGCUUCCUCAACCUCGGCCCUCCAGAUGUUUUUGGCCUACAACGCCCAUGAUCCCUACCUAGCAGGACCAGUGGUCAGGGAUGAUGGGAAUUGUAGUCUCAAAACAUCUGGAGGGCCGAGGUUAAGGAAGCCUGCCUUAUGCAAUACUGUUCAUCUGUGCUUUCUGAUAUGAUGUAGAGGGGUUUAAAACAAGAUUGCUAAGCAGGCAUCUGUUAUUAACACUGUUAAGAACAAGCCCCAGUUAUCUGCUAUAGACAGGCAUAUUUUAAAAGUUAGGGAUGAAAGUGGAAAAUCAUUUCUUCUGGUUUGAUUUCAUGUUUAUUUUAAUAUUCUAGAAUUUACUGAUAAUUUAAUUAUGGUAAGGAACAUGAAUGUGAAUAUCUCUUUCUGAAGGUUUUUUUUAAUAAGAGUCAUCAGAUUACUUGCUGGUAAUAAACUCAAUUAAUAGUCUCUUAAGAUGUAUGUCUCAGUAGAUUUGUGUAAAUGCAGUUUCUGAAUGGUUGGUUGCAUUCUUUCCUGUAAUAAUACAUAUUUAGUCAAAGCAGUCUUAAUCUUCAUGCUGGAAGCAGCUCUGCAGGUGUGUUGUGUCUGUAUUUUGGAAAAUUCUCCAAAGUACUACUCAAAAUAUAAAUACAAUAAAAAGCCAGUCAAUUGCAUCUUUGGUUCAGACUUUGAUCUUUCAUGUGUAUAUUUUCCUCCUUUUUAAGGUAUUUAGUGGAUAGCCGCUGGUUCAAACAGUGGAAAAAGUAUGUUGGAUUUGACAGCUGGGACAAAUAUCAGAUGGGAGAUCAGAAUGUUUAUCCUGGUCCUAUUGACAAUUCUGGACUUCUCAAAGGUAAUUACUGUUGAGUAUUAAAAAAGAAAGCAGGAACCUGAUGUAUAUGAAUUAUAAAUAUUGCAUAUUAUUGCAGUCAUCUCACCCUGUCAUUCUUAGGUUCCAGAAUAUCUGGGAAUUUCUUCUUACAAAUUAACAUUUUCAAAUACAGUAGUUCAGAUUGGAUGAUAUCCAACAAUGUCUGUCCACUAGUGGAAUCAAUAUUGUUUGUGACACAGAUUUCCCCUUCUCCCCACAACCCCUCAUGUGCUCCCCAAAUCUGCUAGGGAAGAGCAUGGAAGAGUAGAGGAGGGGAAACUAUAUUGCCUGAGGGGAUUUCUCUUGUUUGAUAUUGGCAAUCACCCUUUAUUCCAUCAGGGAAUAUGUUGUUAGUUUAUAAAUACAUUUCAGUUGUCUCAAACUUGAUCACUUGUGAUCUUCAGUCCCUUUGUAUUAGAGAGUGUGUUAAAUACUUUCGUUACCCAAGAAAAUCUUUUAAUAAGAACAAUUUAGAAACAGCAACUGUGACAUCUAAAUAUUGCCAUCCCUAAAUAUGUAAACAUUUCCUCAUAGAUGGGGACUGUCAGUCUCUCAAGGAACAUCUCAUUGAUGAGCUGGACUACAUUCUUUUACCAACUGAAGGCUGGAACAAGCUGGUUAGCUGGUAUACUCUUAUGGAUGGCCAGGAACCAAUUGCACGCAAGGUACUUCUUACAUUGAAUACUGAAAUAUCUAUACUUGCGCUUGAAAUGCUCCGCUUACAGUGCUACCAGUUAAAUGCGUAGGAGUAAUUUGAAUAUGUCCAUAUCACGUCAUGGUUUUUGCAAGUUAACUAGUAUUGAGUCCUGGCAUUAAUCAGUAUUAAUGGCUUCAUUUCUUACUCAGUGUUAAUGAUACAUUCUUUUUUUUUAAGCAUGAGAACAAAACAUUGAUGAGACAACUCUUAUCAUCUUAUUUAUUAUUUCACCAACCUAGUACAGCCCUAGUUACUUCUGGCCUGGUUAAUGAUAAAAUAUUUCUGUUAACUUCUCCUGACAGUUCUGUGAGUAGGGUAGAAAUUUGUCCUUGCUUUGGCAUAGCAAGGCAAGUUCUAACCCAAACCAUGUAGAUAAGCAUUAAAUUAGGUAAAUAUUGUUUCAGUUUUAUAGUGAUAACUGUUUCAACUGCAGCACUGUUAACUGCAUGAAUUGCUUAAUUUUGUGUUCUGCUUAAGUCUGUUCUAAUCAUAUACCUUGACUUUGUACUUAGAUUUUGGACACACUACUGUAUGAAGCAUUUUGUGCUAAUAGCAAAAAUACAUUGUGUACUGAAAUAUUUACAGGUGAUGCAUUUUUAAAGAUGAGAAUUAUUAGACUCUACUGGAACUUGGACAUACCAUUCACUUUCCUGUAUCGUUCCACUUUCUUCCUUGGCAUGUGCACUCUCUUAUGAUACAUUCAGUAGAAGACUCCCUUUCUAGGCAGUGUUCCUUGCAACAGCUCUCGUAUGUCUGUUCAUGUCUGUAUCAGUUUACAGAAUAAUACUCACUUUUUUCUACACAGAAUGCCCAUUGCUUAUAUAAUAUGUACUUUGGAAAAAAGGAGAGUAGGUAAUAUGUUAUUAUUAGUUAUUUAUCAGUUUCAUGUAUGAAUCACUUCCUAUGAGGUUAUCAAAGCCAUUUGCAGUACAAUUAAAAGCAGUGAAAACAAUUGCUGAUAUAAGAAAAUUUAAAAAACAUCAAAAGUGCAUGUAAAACAACAGUUGCAUACAUGAAAUCAAUUUCACAUCCAGUACAGUUACAAGAUAGGAUAACACUCUCCAUUUGGAAGAACACUGAAAGAGGAAAGUCUUUUUUUAAAAAAACCCUAAAAGAAUAGAGAUGGCACUUGUCAUCUAUACCCAGUCAAACAUCAGUUGUGGAACGUAAUCCGUUCUGAAAGACCGUUCAACUUCUGAAACGUUUGACAACCAAGGCAUGGCUUCCACUUGACUGACAGCUAGGUUUUUGCACAGUGGAAGCCAUGUUGGACAUUUGGGUUCCGAAAAACGUUUAAAAACCAGAGCACUCACUUCCAGGUUUUCAGCGUUUGGGAGCCGAAACAUUCGAAAAUGGAGCCAUUCGAGAACCGAGGUUUGCAGGGGUCAGCAAACCUUUUCAGCAGGGGGCCGGUCUACUGUCCCUCAGACCUUGUGGGGGGCCGGACUAUAUUUUGGGAGGGGGAAAAUGAAUUCCUGUGCCCCACAAAUAAUCCACAGAUGCAUUUAAAAUAAAAGCACACAUUCUACUUAUGUAAAAACACGCUGAUUCCCGGACCGUCCACAGGCCUUAGUUUGCCUACCCAUGGUAUAUGAAGUGUGAGGCAUGGGGAACUUGACAUUGACAUCAUGGCAGGACCACCCAGUAUGUUCCGUCACACAGUGCUGAGCUCCUCUUUCCUUCUCAAUAAGUGUCAGUGACCUGCUGUUUUGAGAUGCUGCAAGAGCAACACUCAUGCCCCACCCAUGCCGCCUCACCAACCACUACUGUACUUAAAGCCAGUGUUUUAUUUUUGUAGUCAACUAUUGAGGCUCAGCAUUAAUCCUAUGAAAUAGUCUAGUUAACCCAGGUAUCACAUUCCUAGACCUCUUCAGUUUUCUCUGGAGGAUAUAGGCAGUGCUCCCCCCCCCCCCCCCGAAAAAUAGGUGCCGGUACUCACCCUGAAGUUGUUACAGUAAGUGCCACACUUUUUAACAACAAUAAAAAGAGGUGCUGGUAUUGCGAACCCUUGAAUACCCCCUGAAAAAAAGCACUGGGUAUAGGUUCCCUUCAGGUAUCAUGUUGAAUCAUAGUUUGAGUUUCCAGACAGGCAGACAGCAGUUUAGGGUGGCUUGUCUGUUUGUUUCCUGUCCUCUUAGCAAUCAGCUUCACACAUUUCUCCGUGGUUCAGUAGCACUGCAAGGAGAGUAAUGGCUGUAACUAUGGCUUGUCCAUUUUGAUAUCAUGUCCAGUUAUCGCACAAACCACAGUAUGCAAAACCACUUUAACCAUUUUCUGAUUUGCUGGCUAACAACUGAAACUGGUAUUUAUCAUGGGUAACACGUGUAAUCCAGUUUCAGUGGUGGAUAAAGAUACAAUAGCUUCAUUGAUUUAUAUUUUGGGAGGAGUUGAAGAAAUGAAAAUUGUUGCCAUUUGCCUUUGUCUACAGAUCUUCUUAGCUUACAAAGCUGAUGGGCAGGGCAUUAUUAUUAUUAUUAUUAUUAAUUGUAUUUUACAGAAAGACUUACUUACAUGUUGCUGUCUGAGAACAUUAACUAUCUUUGUCCAGUUAAGAUCUUUUGUAGUGUUCGCUCCUCCUGUGAAGAAACCAUAUAUUGUAUCCAUUUGUUGGAUAUUUGGGAUUUAUUGUGGGCUAAAAUUUGAAAAUGUGUCGCUUCGCUGUGGCUGAAAUAAUAACCUAAAAUAUUAUAUCUACAUUUUUGUUUGCAAGAAAGAUUAUCUGUGUUGAUGUCUAAGCCUUCUGUUUUAACAUCCAGUUUUAAGGUUACUGGAAAACCUGUGUAUUGCAGUUUUCAUUACUCCAAUAUCUUACCUAUGAUAAUAAGUAGUGAAAGGAAGAGGACCCCAAUUUCAUAUUCAUAUUUCUAAGCCCCAUAGAUAUCAGGUUGUUCUGGCAGAGUAUAGACGGAUAGUUUUGUUGAGAUAAAACAUUGUUCCAAAGGAACCUUGGUGGCUGUGUAGUUGAGCCAAAAAUCUGCUUACUUUUCAUUUUGCUAAACUGCUUGCUUACAAAGGUGUUGAACCAUUCUACUGAAAAUAAGGGACCAAAUCAGAAAAAUGCCAAGUAAUAGAAAUUGGCUUAUCCAUAAGCAAAACCUCAGCUGAUCUGAGGGGUUUUUUGUAAGUUGCUUGGCUGCAUAGAGAGGUUUUGGUUGCAAUGAAAACUAAAAAUUAAGAGCAUAUGCUGGCUUGAAUUAUUGGUACAAUUUACAAUAUUGUUAUUUUUACACACUCCAUCAUGAAUCAUCAGUUUAGGAAUAGCAUAGCAAAGGUAGAUCUGGCUUGUAUAUAAAAUGCCACCAACAUCUGUUUACUUGAUACCCUUCCUGGACGUUCCAUCUCAUUGCAUGCCAUCACAACCUCCCUCUCUUUGCUGCUAUGCACAUCUUUCUUUCCACUUCCAGAAACAGGGAGAGAUCCGUGACAACCAGCAGCCAUUAGCCUGUGUUUCCACAGUGUUGCAUUUGCAGUAGUAGUUCGUUUUUCUAUGCAGCCCUUCAUUAUCUAAGCGGCAUUCAGCUUAGAUACUAUGCAUGUUAACUCGGAAGUAGGUUCAGUGGGACUUCCCACUGGAAUGUUAAGCAUACAUGGUAUUGCAGCUGUAAAAUGGAAGGAUGGACCUUGUGUAUCCUUCUUCAUGUGCACAGAGCUGUUUUGAUUCAGUUUCAAUUUCAGUUUUAAAACAGUAGUGGAAGCGAUCCUGCAUGCAGCUUCUGAAAUGCAACUCUGCGUAACACAGGGCUGCAUUCUAGAGGUGUUCUGCUCUUCCUUCCAGACUUAGAACUAAUAAUUCUGCAUUUAGAAGGAAGGACAAAGAGGCCCUGCUACAUAACCCCUGGAACUCAACAAAGUUUUGAACUGGGGGCAGAGCAUGGGACUUUCUUUGUCUUAUAUAUAAUGUGAAGCUACAAGUUGAACAGAGGUACCAAACUUGAGCAGAGGUACCUUCCUGCUUGAGGAAGUUGCCUCUGCUCAAUUUCCUUGGAAGUCCUUAGCCCACCCUGACCACAGCCCACCCCAUUCGGCAGGGUCUCCUGACCCUACAUGGAACAUUUUUAGGGGGCUAAGGGUACUGCCUUGUGGAGGAAAUCAGCUUCUACCAGCCCCAAUAAACAUGCUUAACUCUGCGUACAACAUAAAACAAUUUUUAUAAGCUGCUCUGAGAACUUGUUGAAUAUGUUAAAUCUUUAAAAUUAAAAAAUCAAAAAUUUGAAAUGUACUUUUAAACAAAAUGAUAGCCCAAAUUCUUAGCAUGCUGAAAUUUGAUGCAAACAUCGUUUUACAGCCUUUCGGUCCUUCUUUGAAAUAGUGGCAUCCACAUAUCCCUGAUUGUAACCUUAGCAACAAGAAUAGCUGUGUUUUAUAGUAACACAAGGUGGUAUCACUCUUCUGUUGCACUUAAAGCUCAGCUGCAGCAGUACAUACAAAUAAUUUGGCAUAAGCAAGUUCUAUAGAUUCAGUUUCCCCUAAAUAUCCAAAUCAAGCUACAAAAUACCUGGAAAAUUUUUAUUAAUAUACUAAUACUUCCCUUUAGUGAGUGUUCAUUAAUUCUGUUGCUAUAGCAUAUUACUUCUAGCAGUUAUUUGGUACCUCCUUCUUCACCAUAUUUGUCUGAUGUAUCACAUAUCAGGCUGAUGGCUAUUUUCAGGACAGUCUACAUGGCUGACUUAUGCAGUUACAGCAUAGAAGAUCAGAUGGAAGUAUAUACGAGGUGAUUGUGAAUAUUCUGCUUACUUCAAUUUGCAAGUUUUGUCAUUCGUUAGUAAUACAUGGCAAGGAACAAAUUAGAAAAUCAUUUUCCUAGAUAAAAGUGAAAAUUACCAUAUCACUUGCUUAGAAAAUCAGUUAACCAAUGUUGUAACUCUUGCUGGUAUUAUAUAUAUUUUAUUCAUUGUACCGUAUUUUUUGGGGAAUAUUGGUAAUGUUAUAUAGAAUUAGUAGGGGCUAUCUUGUUAAUUAUAAACAUGUUUUUAAACGUAAAAACAAAAAAGAUUAUGAUCUAGCUUCCAUGCUUUUUAAAAUCAUAAAAAUUCUCAAAGUGUUAUAAAACAUCAAACUUUAAAAUAAGAACUGAGUAUUUGGAAGUGUUCAGAAUUUUGUUUUAUGCAUUUAGGGAUUAAUAUAUUCUAUUCAAGUAACCAUUCUUGAUCUGUUUGUAUUCCAGGUAGUUGAACAGGGUAUGUUUGUCAAGCACUGCAAAGUAGAAGUAUAUUUGACCGAAUUAAAAUUGUGUGAAAACGGAAAUAUGAACAAUGUAGUAACAAGAAGAUUUAGUAAAGCUGACACAAUCGGUAUGCCCAUAGCUGUUUAUAACAUGAAUUACUGCUUUUAAAACCCUCUUUAAAAUGUGUCUUUGGAUCUUGUGGGGUUUUGUAGAACAUGUUUUAUGACACAUUCACAAUAUUAAUAAUCGUAUUUGUGUGUAAAAAAAGCUCCAGUACAAAGUUCUCCCUAAUGUUAUAAUUUGAAUAGAAUAAGUGUAAAUGUAUAUAAUAAAGAUUUUUAUCUGACCAUAGUCUGAGAAAACUGGGAAAGGUCAGAUUCCUCAGCGUAAAUGAAUGUCAGGCCAAAGAAGCUUACUAAUCUUUUUAAAAUGCGUGUGGUCAAUUCUUUUAAGACAUUGAGUAGGAUGAGUGGCUAAACCCAAUUUAUAUCCUCAAUUCAUACUGCUGCAUGUAUCUGUAUAAUCUUGCCAUUUGCUUUUUGUAUGUGGUGUGUUGUAACAUGGAUAUUUACAACUUCUGCAACCAAGUAAUUAUGAUACCAUGGGUUCUAAAAAAACUUUUUUCCCAUUUCUGUCAAUAUAGACACAAUUGAAAAGGAGAUAAGGAAAAUCUUCAAUAUUCCAGAUGAAAAAGAGACCAGGUUGUGGAACAAAUACAUGAGUAACACAUUUGAACCUUUGAAUAAACCAGACAGUACCAUACAGGAUGCUGGCUUGUACCAGGGGCAGGUAGGCUAUAUGUAGGAACCUGAAAUUCUGGAGAUUUUCUACUCUUCUGGCAUACAUUCAUGGUAAAAUUGCUUAUUGAGGACAUCUUAUUCUUAAUGUUUGGUUAAAGUUUAUUUCAGCUUUAUACUUAAUUAACCAUAUUUGCUGAGGCUGGGAAAAUGGUUAUCGGACUAUAUGAAGAUUUGUGACUUGUGAUUCUUGAACAGUGUCUUUCCAUACUAGAUUGCAAAACCACUCUUAAAUGUCAUCUCAAAAUCAGUUUUUUAUAUGAACAAUAGUAAAAACCCAAUUCCACUGCACAUAAACUCCACCUUUAAAUCCACAUUUUCUUGACUGGGCGCUAGGACGCCAAGUGUGUUGCUAUCGUCCAGUCGUUUGAAGGCAGGAAAAAGUAAUCACUCCAUGAGCAUCUUUGAGUUGUUCCAUCCUUGGAGCGGAAGUUUGUUUUUCCUGCCUUACUUGAAAGAGACCUAAUUUUGCUGGUUCUCUGUAUGCUUUGAGAAGAUCUGGGUGCAGUGAGUGGAUGCAUGCCUAAUUCUGUGUUACAGAGUUUGGGUAAAGUUACCUUUUUUCCAUUUUAGCCUAUUAUUUUGGAGCUACCUCUUUGCCUGGGAUUUCCCCCACCUAUGUUUGUGUCAGUCUCUCUCUGAGACCUUGUCUUCCCCUCCGUGUCUGCAUGUGUUGGAUUCCCCUGCUAAUAGAACCACAGCUAAUUGCCCCUUGCUAUUGAAUUAGUUCUUCCUUUAUUCCUCCCCUAUUGCUCUAUAACAUACCAAUUAAUUAUAAAAUAAUUAAAUUGUAAAUCAUAGAAUUUUGAUCAGGCCAUAAACCUUGGCCUGAGCAACUUCUAAAUUCUUUCCCUUUGAAAUCUAUUGGUCUGACCCUACACAGUUUUUCCAGAGCCAACGCUUGCUGCCUGUUUAAAAACCUCCAGAGUUGCUGCUUGUUGCCUGUUUUAAGAUCAGGUCUCAGUUUACUGGACUAAUUAAGCAGCAGUGUGUCAGAAGGAUAAGAGAAAAGUGCAGCUGAGGCUAGGAAGGUGGACAGAGUGUGGGGCAUGGCAAGCCUGAAGGAGGACAAAUAUGGUGUGAAAACAGGCACCCACAAUUUUUUUUGGAUGCUGUAGGGACUGCAGCAGCACAGCACAACCUGAUUGGCCCUGCAGCACUAGACAUGAGAUAAUAAUAAUUAAUAAUAAUAAUAAUGCCCCGCCCAUCUGGCUGGGUUUCCCCAGUCACUCUGAGCAGCUUACAGCACAUAAAAAAAUAAUAAAACAUUGACAGUAAAAAGUUUCCUAUACAGGGUUGCCAUCAGAUGUAUUCUAAAAGUCAGGUAGUUGUUUAUUUCCUUGACAUCUGAAGGGAGGGCGUUCCACAGGGUGGGCUCCGGUACCGAGAAGGCCCUUUGCCUGGUUCCCUAUAACCUCACUUCUCACAGUGAGGGAACCGCCAGAAGGCCCUCAGAGCUAGACCUCAGUGUCCGGGCUGAACGAUGGGGGUGGAGACAGUUCUUCCUUCAGGUACUGGGCCAAGGCCGUUUAGGGCUUUAAAGGUCAGCACCAACACUUUGAAUUGUGCUCAGAAACGUACUGGGACCCAAUGUAUGGCUUUCAUGGUCUUGGCGGCCACUCCCAAUCACCAGUCUAGUUGCCUCAUUCUGUAUUAGUUGUCACCGAGAUCCCUGAAAAACCCAAAUGGGUCCACAUUGGCAGUGGUGGCAGCAGACAGCCACAUUCCAAGUGGUGGCAUAUGCCCUGUGGCAGCAGUGGAAGGCAGAAGAGGGACCAUCUAUAGUGAUGUUGGAGAAGUGCCAUUCUCAUUAUAUAGGAUAGCAGCAGCACUGUUUGGACUCCAGACAAAAUGAGCAGCUGUCUGGAUUGGAUGAAGGGUUUGGGCCAGCCCACCAGUUCCUUCUUUCAUUCCAUUUUAUCUUCAAGGGAUUCGUUUUGGGAGUUUUCAAGGGCACUCCAUGGCCUAUUCUAAUAUCAUAUCGCUUAAGGGUUUGUUGCUCCUCUGGCCUGUUGGUUACACAGCAAGCCACUGCUACCAAGCCACAAGUAAGCUACCCUCAUACUGCCACCUCUGAUCAAGCAAGUGUUCUACAUCAGUCUCGGCAUAGAGAUUCAAUGGUUUCUAGCUUGCAGUUCAAUACUGCUCCUACUGCUGCCACCCUGGCUAAAAUGUGGUUGUGCAGCAGGAAGAAAGUGUCACAUUUACUCCUCUUGUGAUGAGACAGUUGAAAGAAGCUGCCAAAAAUACCAAUAUACUUGAUACCAUUCAGUCUGUCAGGGCAAAUGUCCAGCCUACCAUGGUUUUGCCUAAUGUGCCUUCCCCACAGCCUUCUCCAGAUUCACAUGCUGUGGCGAGAAGGCAAGUGGGAUUCCAAGGAGGAUGUUGUUAAGGUUAAUAGCCAUUUGUUAGGAUCCCAUAUCUUUAACCAAGAAGAUAUUAAGAAGGUGUUUCUAACGGCUGUACUUCUAUAAGUGCUAUCUCCUAAUAGUAUUUUAUGCGAUGGUGAUUUUAAAUUCAGCUUGUGAAAUUACAGACUCAGCUUCUAAUAUUGGGUGGCUAAAAAUAGUGUUACGUAUACUGACCAGAAGUAAGAUUUAAUUAAACUAUAAAAUAUAUGAAUGUAGUCUUGUAUUCAUAUAAGGGCCAGAAUGCCCAAAGAAAAAUAUAUAGUCAUCUACCUGUAAAAUAUUGCUUGUGUUAUUUAUAUCUGUUACCUUUAUUCUCUUUUUGAGCAGUAUAUAUUCUGUUUUAUAUUCAAGUUUUGUAUGUGUGAAUUUUAUAUUCUUAAUUGUGAGGGUCUGAAACAGGAAAUAGAUUUUUGGCAACACUGCCAUUUUCACAGUGGAUAUUUUCCCAGAAAAAAAUGUUUUGUUUUUUAAAGAUUGAUCCAGUCAUUAUACGAAAUGACAUAAUUAUUUUUAUAUAAUUCAUAUUGUUUGUUAGUUACUUUGAUCCUGAGAUGAUAUGUAGGCUUUUUUCCAGCUAUAUGCAAAUCUUUCUUUUGCCCCCUUUCAAAUUUUGGUUAUAUUAAUACCUAAUAUUUCUAUUUUAUCUUAAUUGACUUUAUAUCCAAUUAAUGGUCUGUAAUCUGCUAUCAGCUUUUCUACUUCUGACAAAGACUGAAUUAGAUUUGUCAUUGAUGUAUAGUUAUGUUUUAUCAUUGUUUAAUUUCAUGCCUUUUAUCUUUCACCUUCUUUUAUUUUUAUGUCAGUGGUUCCAAAGCUAAAUCAAAUAAUAGUGCUGUCAGAGAACACAUUUGCCUUGUGCUUUUAGUUAAUUUCAAAAUGGAUAAUGACAUAUCACUUAUGCAAAUUUAAGCUUAUUACUUUGUUUAAGACCCAGCUUCUGUACUUGAUUCCAAACUUAAACAAUAUAAGGGUCUCAAAUAGAAAAGGCCAUUCCAGCUUAUCAAAGGCCUUUUCAGCAUCUACAUUUCUAUUCUAUUCUAUUCUAUUCUAUUCUAUUCUAUUCUAUAAUAAAUGUGGAAGAAAUUACUCCUUCUACUCUUUGGUCCAUUUUGUGUGAUGAAAGAAUGUUGAAUAUUCUACAGAGUUGCCUAACGAGGCUCAACGAUAAUGCUGUAUGUGAAAAGAAUUUAACCUGUAUAAUUUUGGGUUGUAACCAGUCAUAACAAAAUCAUGCAUUAAAUAUGUUAAAGUUUAAAAUUAAUAAAGCUUGGCUUCCAUCUGCAAUGGCCACCUGCUAUGUUUAAUUACCAGAAAUGCACUGCCUAGGCCUAUAGAUAUAUAAAAUAUGUAGUCCUGGUCUCACUGGGACUGUAGGGGUUAUAGCUAUAGUAGAUCCACUGAAAUUAAUGACCCUAAGUUAGUCAGGUCCAUUAAUUUCAUUGGGUCUGCUCUGAGUAUGACUAACAUUGGACGCAACCCAGGAUAUAUAAAACCUAUAGGGUUUUCUCUAGGCUGCGGCAUUGCAUUUUGGAUAACUAAGUUUGGUUGGUGGUCCCUUGAACCAUGUCAUCAGCAUACUGUAGUAAUUAGUGGUUUAAAAUCUUUUAUCUUUUUAUUCUAGCUUGGUCAUUAUAAUCUAUCAAUAACCCUGAAAAAAGACUUUGUGUAAUUCUUAUUGGAAAGGUUUUUAUAUGCAGAUUAAAAAGCAGAAGAUAGAAUACAACCCAUUCUGGUACCUGUCCAAAUAAAAUAUUUCAAAACAUGUAACAGUAUCACCGUUAGACAGUGGUUUGCUAUAUAUUAAUGUAGUCCGGGGGGGGGGGGAUUCACACUAUUUCCAAAGUUUCUCAGAAAUUCUCACUCAAUUCUGUUGAAGGCUGCAGAUAGGACACAUUUAGAAAGAUCAGAGCUUUUUGUUUGAUAGUAUUGGUGUUUUGCAUUUUUGAAACUUCAUUAUAUCUGCUUAUAAUAAAGGAGUGUUGGGGAAAAUGCAGCGGAGGAAGUGAGUAAACACCAUAUUUUUGCUCUAUAAGACUCACUUUUUCCCUCCUAAAAAGUAACGGGAAAUGUGUGUGCGUCUUAUGGAGCGAAUUCAGGCUGUGCAGCUAUCCCAGAAGCCAGAACAGCAAGAGGGAUUGCUCCUUUCACUGCGCAGCGAUCGCUCUUGCUAUUCUGGCUUCUGAGAUUCAGAAUAUUUUUUUUCUUGUUUUCCUCCUCCAAAAACUAGGUGCGUCUUGUGGUCUGGUGAGUCUUAUAGAGCGAAAAAUACGGUAUCCACUUCAAAACAUAGCACUGUCAGUUUUAAGGCAUGAAUCCAUUUCCUGUUUCUGCAAGAGUAAGCAGUGAUAACCAGCUGUGCCCAGUUCCCAGAAGAAGGGACUUCUGUUUUCAUAACUGGGCUUCUACUUCCUCUCUUCAGCUCCCUGCACAUCCCCAAAAUUUGCUCUGGAGAGUUGGCAGAGAUUUGAAGCCAAUUGAGAGGAAGGAAAAGUUUGUGUGAUGAGUGAAAGUUUGCUCACACAAAAUUGACUUUCAUCUGUAGAUAUAUUUCAUUAGCCCAAUCAAUAGUACAGACAUUCAGUUUUGGGAUGCGUAUUUGCCACCUCUUCAAGGUGCGGGCAAGGUGUGUGUUGCUGUAUGUCUAUAUGUGUGCACAAGGAGAAGGUUUUUUGUUCUGAUUUUAAAUGAGCGAUAAUCUCAGGAAAAUCUUGAGAUGCAUACUGUUUCCAUAAUGGAUGUUAUAUCAUUUCUAGGUGGGUUAAUGUCCAGUUGAUAGUCUUAAACUGUACUCUUAUUUUCCUAAACUGUAAUGAAGUUAGUUUUUCUCUUUAAAUUUUAUUCAAUAUAGGUAUUAGUGAUAGAACAAAAAAAUGAAGAUGGAACAUGGCCAAGGGGUCCUUCAGCUCCAAAGUAAGUGAUUAAAACAAAUCAGUGCUUCCCACAACAUGGCUUAUUGGAUUUGCUUCUAUACCCCAAAAUAUUUUCAACAUGGUUUUGGAAACAGUACAUUCAUGUUAGUAAUAUAUGCCUUUCCUUGGAAGAACAAGAAUUAUAUUCUACAGGUUUAUGUGGCUGGUAACUGUUCAGAUGUUAUUAAAGAGCAUGUAUUUCUGUAGACCUGUGGUUAAGUCAUUAUUGCAAUAUUAGGAAUCUGGGCUAAAUAUGAAUAGAUUAUUUUAUAUGGGAAAGAUGUCAAAAUUACUAAUCAUUGCUUAUGUUAUUGUCCUUAUGACCUUUUUAAAAAUACUAUGAUUAUUGAUUGUCUUCCGUCUUCUGUCUUCUGUCUUCAUUGUAUUACAAUAAUAGGAUUGAAUAAGACCAAUCCUGUGACUUAUUGUAUUUCUUGGUCACAUUCUAUGUCCAUGGGCAUACAAAGCAAUGUACAGAAAAAGCCAUAACAUAUUAAAUUACGAUAUACAGAAUAUAGUUAAGGAGGAGGUUGGGGAAGGUCACUUUAGGAAGCAUAUUCCUAAAUGGGUUAUUAUCAAUUUACCCCAAGGAUGCCUGGAACUGGCCACCAUCACCACUUGACAUUAUUUAUUUUUUAAAAUGGUAUGUUAGAAACAGGUCCAUUUUGUGCAUCUGAUAGGUCUAAAUAAAUAUGUGGCUUUAAAAGCCCAGAUUUCACUCCACAGUAUGAAUGGAAGGGCAUUCCUUGAAGUUCAAUAUGUACUUGUAUAUUUUGAGUUUCGUUUCAUUAUUUACUUAUUAUUUAAAUAGAAUGUUAGUGUCCUAAAAUCUUUAGUGUUCUAAAAUACAUUGUUUAGAAAAGAGAAACAAUAAGCCUUUUUGCACCAAACAGUACAUCUUAGUAGAGUACUAAAAUAUGCUUUUAAAUAUUUCAUAUAGCAGCUUCAAAUAAUUUUCAUAAGGGUAAAUGUAGCAAAAAGAACAAACACCCCGUUUCCUAAUGAAAUACUUCAAAACCUACCUAUAUUGCCAUGUGAUCCUGCUGAAGGCAAAAGGGGGAAAAUGAGAAGAAAAUUCAAAAGACGUUGAAGGAGGCGUGGGAGAAGAGAGAGUGGAACAGUUUCCUUUUCUAUAGAAAUGCUGUAAAUAUAAACUGAAAUGCAGAAGCUGAUUCUGCAUACUGUAUCUAGAUACAGAUUAAUAGAUAGCAGUUGUAUAAGCAUGAAGAUGCGUGGGAAUAAUUGCUAAAAUUGAGCAAGUUUCCAAAUUCAGCAGAAUAUGCGGCCAAGCAAACUUUGGAUGCUUAAAUACUUCCCCUAAGUGAUAGAAAGCAAUCGGACUGCUUUUAAGAUUGAAUGGUUAUAGAUACAGGUGAAGUACCUCUACAAAAUAAUGUUUAAUAUCUGUAAGAAUUUACCGUUUAAUAUUUGCACUUUCAAAAAUCCUUCAAAACUUGAAUCUUUAUACCGAAUGUUUUAUAUUUGGUUUUGGUACUGAAAUACAUUUGGAGAAGGUUACAGUAGCCCGCUACUAUGCCGUGUGCUGAAUUAUUCAUUUGUGUACUCAGACUUUAACUUCACCUUUAAGACAGUGUUCAUCUGGGUGUGAUGUGUACCUGCACUGUGCAGUAUACCCAUUCUAAUCUAAGGGAAAUUGCACCCUAGAACAGAUGGCCUUCCAGAUGGUGUUGGACUCCCAAUGACCCCAACCAGCACAGCGAAUGCUCUGGAAUGCUGAAAACUGGAGAACAACACAUCUUGAAAGGGGCCACAGUUUCCCACCCCUAUGCUAGAAUAUGCAGACAUUAUCUGGUUAGCCACCAAGACACAUGGCCAGUCAAAAAGUUGGAGGGAGGAAUUCCAUGUAGAACUGAGAUCAUUCCAUCAGCGCAAGCCUUUUGGCUUGCAAGAUGGAUCGAUCUUACAUCCUCCGUGCGCUGUUGUGGGAGUUCCCCUGACGCACACAUAUUUGUAGGGUAGGGAGAGAGGCAAAAAGCCCAGUUGUGCUAGCCGAAGUCCUUGUGCUAGCUUCCACUAGUAGGACUCGUUAGUUGAAUCUGGCCCUUAAGGCACAUUAUUGAGCCAUCCUACUGAAGGUUAGCAGGUUUGAAUCCGGGUUUGGUCAAACAGGAGUUCCAUGCACAUUGACUUGAAUUCCAUUGUGGGAAAAGGUGGGAUAUAAAUGUAUUAAAUAAUAAUAAAGAAUAUUUCAGCACAUCAAAGAGAAGCCAUUGGGCCUUGCUUCAACAUGUUAGUUUUUUAGGUGCCAAUAUUUUGUUGUGCUGCUGCUGCUUUGUUACAGGCAAUGCCUUACCUAGAUGCUAGACAUGUGUACUUAACCAUAUUAAAUCAGCUUUCGUCCGCGUUCUUCAAUCAGUCACAUCACUGAUUAAAGUCAUUUUAGCUCUCUUUCCAUGUUGAUAAUUCAUCUAAAUAAAUGUCAAAUGCUUGGGUGUUCAUUUUUCUUGUUACGUUAUUCUUUUUAGUUGUGUGACCCAUAUUUUAGGUUAGAUUAUAGGCAUGGAAUUGUUACUUUUACAUUUUGUUUAGUAGUAGAAGUAAUGGUUUGUAAUGAAUUACUUACACUUUAUUCCACCCAGUAUGAGAUUCCAUAGUCACUUUGGUUUACAUUGAGGUCCUCCAUUGCUAUUAGAAAACAGAUAAACAGAGGACUCUCAAAGAAUAAUAUUAAUUGUGAAAUGAAAAACUUCUUCAGAAAUGUCUUUAAGCAGUAAUUAAUCAAAACAAAACAAAAAAGAAUUAAAAGUUUUUAUUUUCAAAAGUAUCCAGAUUAAAACUUUUUAUUCACAUGAAUAUUUACUUUAUUAAAUUAAACAUUUCCAUGAAGUCAUGGAGGCUGCAUACACUCUUGAAUGUGAUUUAUAAUACAUAUACCAUAUGACUCUCUGCAAAUAUUAGUUUUACUGUCAAUUGUUGUUAUAUUGACAACAAAGUCAAGAAUCCUCCUAUCUCUUUGAAAUCAAUAGGAGUUCAAACACAACUGGUUUAGUUGGUCAUUAUCUUUUCUGACAAUGGGUAUGCAAGAUGUACUCAUAUCUUUAUAUCUAAGCAGUCUCAUGUAGCCAAAUACUUUAUUAAAUGCUUUGCUCCUGGGCCAUUUAGCUAACUCUUCUGAGGAUGGGAUAGGUAGCUUAGGGUAGAACAUAUUCUUUUUUGCACAUAAAAUAUCCUAGGUUCAAUCUUUGACAUUUCCACAUAUAGCUAGGAAAGGAUCUGUCUGGAAACCAGAUCUAAUCAGUCUACGCAAUUAUACACUAUGUGGACCAUUGUCAUGACUCAGUUUAAGGCAGAUUCCUUUGUUUCUGUGAUAAUUAACAAUAUUCAAAUUAGCUUCUCCUAAUCUUGAAUAUUUGGACUGUUGAAGUCAGUAACUCUUGGAUCCAAUUUUCAUUUUCCAGCCUUCCACAUGGAAGGCUGUUAGAAACUCUUUCCUCACGUCAGGAACGACUCCAUACCAAUCUGUAUAUUUUUCAAACUGCUUACUACACUAUUUAAUUAUAUUGCAUGGGUAGCCCCAGGACGGCAUGUUCCUCACAGUCUUUAACCAGGCAUAUGCAUGUAGCACGUGGCUUGUAAAUGUUACUCCUUUUUUGUAAUUCUAUUUCAAAGCUAAAAGCUGUGCUCAAGACCACCACACUCACCCACCCUGGAAUGGUGUCUCCUCAUGUGUUGGAUUUAAUGUAAAAAUUGGCUGAGAGUGUCAGAUAACAUGAAGGAAUCGUUUGUUAUGAAACCUUACCAGUAUUUGGUUAUGUCUCAUUUAGCAGGACUGUAAAAAUACUGAAGUUUAUUACAGGCCAGAACUCUUUAGUGCACUUCAUUCUACGGCAUGCUGUGUUUGCUUUCCUUUUUGUGCAUUUAGCAAUUGCUGAGGACAACAGAUUCUAACUGACAAUUUCUCCUGUUGGCAUGGUUUCUCUUAAGUUCUAGCAUCUGGUGACUAAAUGUGAGCAAAUUAGCUUGGUAGACUAAGAUGAGAUGAUUCAAUUUUGACAUGGGGUGCGAUCCAAAAUCCUCUGUAUACAAUGACGCUGCUUUUAUGAAAGAAAGUCAUAAAGUCACCCAAGUAUUAUUCAUCUUAUGUGUCUCUAAAUGUUUGUGGUACGUUCUCUUGUUAGCUGAAUAUGCUUUGUAUGCCAUAAGACCCAUUCAGGCGUGGCUACGAUUCUUUAUAUUGGGAUCCUUUAAUUGACUUUAAUAUAUUUAAAUCUUGCAGAAGCAAGCUUCCAUGUCUGUAUACCUAAUUUUGUCCUCAGUUUCGUCUUUGUUUUGGUAUACAGACAAGGAAUCUUGCUUCUGUGAACGUAGUGCCCCUAGAUGGAUUGGAGGUCAUAGAGAUGUAUUUGACCAGCAAAUUCUUAAUAUACGGCUUUCAGUAGUAGGGUAGUAGUAGUGUGGUUCUUCUCUACAAAAAAUAGUAAAAAAACAAGACAAAACACCCAAAAGACAUUUCUUUAAGGUAGCUUUGUCUCAGUCGGAAUUGAGGGGCCCCUUCCUGCUAUUUUCAAUAGGAAGAAAGCUAUCGGCAGAUAUUUUAGUAACUCUGGGAUUAACCCCCCAGAAUGAAUCUUAACUCCUAGACCGGAUGCACCAAAAAUGGAGGUGAAUAAAAGAUUCCUCCUUCUGGUUUUGCGAUGGCUGACUGUGUAAAACUGUGGGUUACCUUGACCAUGUACAGUUUUGUGGGUCGCCUCAAAGAUCCAAGAGUUGCCAAACUAAUUGUGUGAGUUUAGCUAUUCUCAGCUAAAACAAUGUAGAACAUUUCCAUGCUGAGGUAGGGUUGUUUAACCAUCCCUGAAUAACCACACAUUUCUGAUUAAAAUAACCCCAUGUGCAGGCUGGGGGCAUUUGAGCAUUGCAAACUACUUUUGAAACUGCAUGACAUUUUAGAAGCAGAUUGAGUCAGCAUGGGUAUCAGCUGCUCAAAAAGGUUGCUUGAUCCCAUACAAAUCACCCCUUUGUAUCCUCGUCAUGAUUUGUGAUUAGAAUGUUAAUACAAAGUUGAUGAACUAAUCUGAUGAAGUGGAUUAUAAUUUCUGUAUUUCCUCACUUGCUCACUCCCCCCUCCCCGGCAUGCACAUAAUUUUAAUAUAUGCUUCUCUAUUAUUGUCAGUUCAUUUUAUGGUGUGUACUUAUUAUUUAGGGGACCACAGCACAUCAUUACUAUGCUUGUUUUUCUCCAAAGCUUUGUACUGCUCAUUACAGUUCUAUGGUAUAUAAUAAAUUACCUUUUCUUUACACUCAGAAGGGAUUAUUGCUUCUUAUGUCAAAGUAUUGUGAAGAUUAGGAAUAUAUUUGAAACAUAGCUGCUAAGUUGACUUUGAAGAUGGAAUUGAUCGGAACAUGGAAAAAUAAAAUCCCACUCCAUACCAAGACAUUGAAGGAUUGUACUUUCACAUUAAUGUUUAUUAUUAUUAUUAUUAUUAUUAUUAUUAAUACCCCAUCCAACACAUAUGGCUUCCAACACAUACAAAAACGUAAUGAAACAUCAAACAGUAACAAUCUGAUCCAGUCACAAUAACUUUAAAAAUCACAAUAACUUUAAAAUAAACAGCUUAUAUCAAGUAAAGCAACAUUCAACUAUCCAUCAGAAUCUAAUUGUAAACAGUAAAAUUAAACAUCAGCGAAUAAUAAUUAAACAGUUUACACUUAUCAACCACAAUAAAGAAUUACCGAUCUAUAAUCAAUAAAAAUGACAGCAAACCACAAUGCAUAAAAUACCACAAAACAUACAAAACCAUGUAGAAGGAUCAAAUUGAGAAACAAGGACACACAACUUGUAAAACGCCAUUGAUGAUGAAGAACAGAAAGUCUCUCUCCCCUCACACUUCUUCCUCUUAUGAAGGCUUCUAGGGUUUGAGGGUGGGGAAAGGCAAGAGGGAAAUGCCAUUGCCUGAUGACCAACAUAACGUCUCUUUCCCCUGUCUGUUCUGGAUUGGGAUUCUGAAGCCAAUGAAACCGUUUAAGCACUCUUGAUAAGUAUGUUAAGGGAGGGAAAGUGCUUAUAUGUCCACUCCUCUGAUUUAGUUAACCCACCUGAAUUAGUUAAACUAAAUCCUAUGUGUAAGUUGGUUCCUACCGUUGUGUAAGACCAGUUUCAUUGCGGUGUGGUUUGUUAUAGCCGUUCAUGUGACUUUUAACAGAAUUUCACAGAAUGCUGCUAUACCAAUUCAUUUUUGUAACCCCUUGUAAAAUAAGUACUCGGCAUUAAGUCGUGAUGCACACAAACUUUCACUUGCCAACUUAAAAUAGUUGGCCCCAAAAAAAAAUGCACCCAAUGAAUUUCAGAGGUAAUCUUUUGUAGGUGUGAUUUGCUAGAUGUCAAUCUUACAUUUACUAUCUGUGUGUGACCCUCUUCCCCCAAAAGCAGUUAUUAUCUUUAAGAAAUACAGAUGAGACUUCUCGUCAAGGCUACAACCAUUAUAGAGGCUACAGACGAGGACUGCUACAAAAUGUUGCAGUCUAUAUUCCACCACUGAGUAUUCCAUCCCGCCGUGGCCGCCUCAGGAUGCUAAUGGCUCAAGCGUGCCUUUCCGUGAAGAUUUAUUAAAAAAUCCUUCCAAUAACAAGCUUGCAAACAUAUGCAGAAACUACUAUUUUAUUUUGGAGUGGUCCUGAUUUGCUUCCUUAAUUGUAGGCAUGAUGGAGGGAACUAGUAGGACCUGAAGUACAAUGUUACACUGUUCCCAAAACCUCUGAGAGGAAAUAGUCUUGCUCAGAACUUCAUUACCGUAAGUCUGGAAUGGAGGCAUGUUUAGGCCUCUUUGUAAGGUUGGGUGGAGAAAGGUAGGCAACUUUAGAAGUGAUUAAAGGAUUAAGGACUCCUUUUCUCUUCCCAUCUUUCCCUGGUGUGCUAGGUACUGUCGGAGAGCUGCCAGCCCCAAACCUGAGAAUUUGCAAGCUGUUUAGUUAGGCAGUUGAGGAUGGGAAUAUAUCCAGAUUUUCCUUUUUGUCCUUAUUUUUCAGUGAACAAGAGCAUUCCAUAGCUUAAAACUGCUCCCAACCUUAUAGUGGCUCGAUACAUUCUCACAGUCUGCCUACCUUUAUUUUCAAUACACCCUUCCUUUGGUGGAAUCUACACGCAUAUAAAAACAUUUUUUAAGCAUUUAUGAAAAUUCAUUGAAUUUCCCAUAAGGCUCACCAUCGCCAUCUAGUGUCACAUUGUCUAUUGCUCUUAAAACACACUUAAAACGUGAAUAGCUGAGUCCUUUCUCUCUAUGCUUAACUACUAUCAGGAUUCUGUAAACUCGGGUGGGUUUUUUAUUUUAUUUACGGACUUUGAUACUCUUGUGUACCUAGAGAGUUCCCCAAGUAUGGAGGAGUUACCAUCUUAUUUUCAUCCCAUUUUGCUUUCAAAUGAUAGGCCUUCAACCACCUGAUUUCACUCUUCAAGGCAGUGGUUAGUGGUGAUAGAUGUUAGUGGCUAAAAACAAACUUAGAACAGAAGAGCCUUUUUAUGAGUGUUUAAAGAAAGGAUCAGAAUGUGGCUGUUCCCUGGAUGUAACGUUCUAAACUCUUUUGAUGAGUGAUUAUACUUUAUUGAUAGAGGCACUUUGAUAAGUUGGUGCUAUUUAUCUUUAACCUCUCUCAGAAUGGGUGUUUCCAUGAUAUGGUAGUAUUUUUACUUAGUUCAAAAUGAUUGAUAACAUUUUGAAUACUGGAUACUAAUAUGUAUAAAGUUUAAAUCUUCUCAUUGAAGGUGGCCUUUGUUCUAAUUAUCAGUGUUGGUGUGUUUUCAUUGUGGAUGGAAAACUGUGCAUUGACAUAGGCCAGACAUAAUUAUUUUGACUAGGUAGAACAUCAGGUUAGUUGAUAACUUUAUGGUGCAAAGGAGCUGUUGUGCUCUGCUUGGGUUAUACUAUUUUUAUGAACCAGAUUGUAGCAUUUUACUUUUAAAAAGGGUGAAUCAUAGAGUUGGAAUGUUGAGGUAUGUAUAACCAUACUUUUGUGAACCUGUAGUCUUCUGUCUGACUUUGUUGCAUGAAAUGAUGUUAUAUGUUUAGAUCUUUCCCAACCAUCGUUGGAGUUUAUUUGAAAUUGGUGCACUUUUGGCUUGGCUUCCUUGAUUAAUAGUACUAAAAUGCAGCUUUGUAGUAUAAAUUUUCAUAGUCAGUGUUUUUUUCAAAUAAAAUAACAAAUCAAGACUUCGGCAUUUCUUAUAUAGAUAGGUGAAUAUGAAAUACUGUUUUGACAAUGCUUUUUUAGUGUAGUGAUGGUCAUGAGUUGGCUUAAAAUAGUGAAUUGAACUGGUGCUUUAAGGUGCUGUUAAACUUGCUUUCAGAGUGCUUAUUGUUAAUGUACUGUUGCACUUUCACAACUAAUCUUUAAAAUUACUAAAAGCGUCAUAAAAUAGUGACUCUUGCCAUUAGGGAGAAGAUGCAUUUCAUUUGUGAUGCAAUUAACUUGUGAUUUUUGGUAAAAGUAUAUCUUUGCCAAAUGUUAAUUGUGGCUUUGGCUGUUUUAAUUCCUGUUUUUGUGUUUUUGUUUUUAAGAUAUCUGUGAAGAGUUACAAGUGAAAUGUUUUUUUAAAAUGUUUUGAGGUUGGACAACUUUCCUUGGCUGUUUGUUGCUCUGAUCCUGAAAACCUUAUUUUUCAUACUUAUUUACAUACAUUGUUCAUCUGUUAGCUUUUCCUUUUUUUUUUCAUUAUUAAUUUUGCAGUCUCAGCAUUUUUAUCUAAUUUAACAUUUUCAUAUUUUUAAAGGUCCCCAGGUGCAUCCAAUUUUUCAACUUUACCAAAGAUCUCUCCAUCUCUAUCAAAUAAUUAUAACAACAUCAACAACAGAAAGUAAGCGACACAUCUUAAGAACUUUUAAUAUUAAUCAUCCAAGUAUAAUUUCAAGGCAAAACUGUUUUAAUUCUAGAUAAAUAACUUGGAUGGACUGUAUUGCUGUGGAACUGCAGUGAUGCCAAGUCUUAAAGGUCACCAGUACCCCCAAGGUGUUCAGAGAGAAACUAACAGAAGAAGAUCAUUUCUGCUUUACUUUUUCUUCAGAACCCUGAUACUGCAUAAUCACCCUGAUACUAUAAAGCACCACAUUCUGAUUUGAAACCAUUGCAUUAAGAAAAGACUUCAGCAAAAAUGGCAUGCAUGGAACAAAAGUCACAUAACAUUGUUCAGGCUUUUCAACUCCUGGGGCUUGGCAUUCAAGUUCAGAGAUUUUUGUAAUAAAUUAAAAAAAAAUUAAAAUUGUCAAGUAGCAUCUUCUAAGGCGCUACUGGACAAUUUUUAAUUUUUUUAAUUUAUUUCGACUGCAUCAGACCAACACAGCUACCUACCUGAAUGUAGAGAUUUUUGUGACCGCGGGAAGUUUUGGGAUUAUAUGUUACAGCAAGUAAAACCUCAGCAAAUUACAUUCUGGAUCCCUUUUGUUAUAAAGACAUAAUUCUAUAUGUGUCCCUAACAAAUAUUUAAUAUUCUAAACCUAUUUUUAAAAAACUUGGGUUAACUCAUCAAACAUCCCUCUUAAUUCAAAACACAUCCCGCAGAUGCAUUGCAUUUUCUGCAAUCCACUACAAAUAGGAAAGUGUCUGUUAAAUAGUUCACAUAGAACCUUUCUCGUAGAAAUACUGGAAAAAUAACGGAAGCUACAAAUUCAACUUUUCCUUUCAGUCUAAACAUCUCAGUUUGUGGCUAUGAAUUGAAUGUGAAAAUGUUUAAGUAUUUAAAAGCAAGAUAAUUUCUAAAUAUUUUAUACAAUAUCUUCCAGUUAAAUACUGCAUUUAUGAGAAGGGAGUUUUCGUAAGGGGUGAAGUGGCACUUGCGCUUCCGCUAAUUGUGAGUAGCCCCAACUCUCUCAGUUAAAGAAAUGCAUGUAUUUAACUGCAGUCUAUUGUAGUUUGUUUGUGUGUCUAUAGUAAGUACAGAAAAGUUUUCUUUUUGGUGUGUAUAAACAACCUAACCACAGCCUAAACUGAUCUUAUCCUUUUAUUAGAAUACUGAUAGCCUAUGUUAAAUGAAAAAGCAUAUCAUAAUCUCUGAAGCCAUGGGACAGUGGCCGCCUGCUUUAAAUCUCAUUUUAAAGUGGAAACUAAAAAUUUUCAGAAUCAACAGAAGUGCCCUGGGCUUGUAUUAAAAAGGGCAGCUACACUUCCAUUUCAUGGAACUGUCCAGCAACUGGCAGGCAGGUACUUUUUAUAUUUUUGAAGUUCAAAGAUGAAAAUGCACUUUUAGAAGGAAAGGUUAUAGGAUGUGCUUUUUUAAUUCAGCAUAUGUAAGGUUUAGUUUCUAAAUCUCAGGGCCUAUUUGCCUAGCCUUAGGGAAAUACCUUACAUGUUACUGUAACUCAACAUUUUAGUUUGAACAAGGGCUGGGGAAAACUUAACAUUGCUAGCUACCUUGGGCUCAUUGUAGGAAGGCAGGUAUAAAUGUUUUAUUUACUUGUUUCUUAAAAUAUUUCUAAUUCACCCUAUAUCAAGUGAUCUUGGAGUAGGAUAUGUAUAUAAAGCAAGCGUGACUAGCCUGUGGCUCUCUAGAUGGUGUUAGAAUCCAACUCCCAUCAGCUCUUGCCAGCAUGGCUUAUAGCAGAGCGGGGAGGAACUGGUUUAACUUCUUAAGCAUUUGCAUGUAAACUCAGAAUUACCCUUGAAUUUCUUUUUUUCUUUUUUUCUUUUGGUCUUAAGUUCCUUAUGUUGUGUUGAAAAUCUUCUGACUUUAGAAGCAACUUUUUGGAUUUGCUUGAAUAAGUGGUGGACUGCUGACCAGUCCUGUUUUGGAUGAAAACACUGCCACGUUAAUCCUCUGAGUAGCCCAUUAGUAAAGCAAGUGUUGGUUUCCCCCCCUGGAUUUGUCCCUUUUCAAAAAAAUGGGAAAUAUUAUUUAGGUUAGAUUCCAGUACCAAGUUAUUUGGGAGUAAGAACCUCUGAAUGCACUGGGUCAUACUUCUGAGUAAGAAUGUCUAGAAGUACAAUGUUAGGAAAUUGUGAUUAUCCUACUACAUUAAACUCUAGUCUUGAACAUACUUGAAUGCAUUUUACUAAGCUCAAUAUGUGCAUUUAAUUGUAAGCCUGGGAAUAGAAAUCGUGUUUCCCAUAAAAAAAGCUGGUUAACAGUAGGAUAUAUGUAGUUUGACUCUACAUUUAGAAUGUUACUUAUUUCUAAUAUUGACUCCAAAAUACAUACUGCAUGACAUCUUUUGAAAGGGGGUGAACUUUUAUGUCAUUACUUCUCACCCUAGUAAAUUAAUCUCUUAUUUUAGAGCACUGUCUUCUGUACCUGUGGACUAGCUAAAUAUUUAAAAUAUAACUGAUAUCUCUUGCCCAUAGGACAUUGAUUUUCCUGGCCAGGAGUUGGAGUGCACAUAUUUUUAAAAAAUAUUUUCUUUCAAGUGUCUGCCCAUUUAAAUCAUGCCUCCAAAUACAUAAAUAAAUAAAUAAAUUCAGAAAUCAAAAGUGAAGAAAUAUGUUUGUUAAAAUAUGUUAGUUAAUUAUUAAAGUAGGCAGACAGUUCCUGCAUUUAUUUAUAAAUUUAUUUUGUAGUCUGACGUAUUCAAUAAAAUUAUAUCCUAUAAAUAUUCAUUUUCACAAAUCCACAUAAAAGGGGAAGAAAACUGCAAUGCAUGCAACAUCAUUCAUUGACAGAGGCUACAGCUCAUUUGUCUAUCCAUUCUUUUAUUGCCAAAGAAUCUAUAACCUUCUGACACUGUUGUAAAUCUAUUUUGUUUGAUCAACUCAGUUAUCACAAGCUUGCACUCUUCCAAAUUCUAUCUAUUGCUUAUAACUUUCCUGAGUCAUGGGUACAUUUAAUCAUUACCUACAAUCUUUAACAUGGAUCUCACAGGAUAAUGUAAUUGAUAGGAGAACUUCAUGGUAAUAUGAGGCAUUUUGGGCAGAGGUGAUCUGUGAAAAGAAAGAAGAGCAUCUGCCUAAACUUUAUUGUCCAUUCUCAUAUUUCUUAACACUGGGUUGUAUCCCACUAAGUCCUACUCAGAAUCAACGUAUUGAAAUGAAUAGACUUAAAUUAGUCAUGCCCAUUAGUUUCGGUGGGUCUUCUCUAAGAAUGACUAAUGUUGUGUAAAACCCAAAGGGUGGGAUUCACCUAACCAGGCCCAUCUGUGGAAGCCGAGGCCAGAACUUCUGCAUGCAUAUUGGGGCUUCUGUUGCCCCGGGUACCCCCUGAAAUGGGCUUAAGGGGGUCAGGAGAAUCCCCAGAACAGAACAGCUGAAAUGGAUUGCACAACUGGAACAACUGGAAGAGUGAAAUGUUGAAUUCCACCCAUAAUGUAGAAAGGAAAGUAGCUGCUAUUUCCAGGGACUUGAACAAGAGCCCGCCCCCGCUUCUCUAGCAGAAUAUUUUUUUCCAUUCAUGGUUGUACAGAAGUGAUAGGUUUUAUGAACAUUUACAUUCUAUUGUGUUACAAUUGCUAUCAGCGUUAAAACAUAUCUUCCCUUACAUUAGUUUGAUUUCUGCUUAUGUACUGGGAAGAAAUCAGGACCACUUCCGUUAGCUUGAUUUCGCAGGAAUGCAUCUGCAGUGCUUUGCACUCAAGAUUAUGGACAUACCUUAAAACUGGUGUGACCUUUCAGUGUUUUGGCUUUGAGCAUCUUAGUGACUUAGCAAGUAUUCUUCCUUAAGCCUGAUCACAUGAUUCUGUAACUUAUCUCAUUGAAAUUCAGAUUCUCCAGGCUGAAAUAUGGGUAAGGCGGCUAAGGGUAAUGCAUGUAAGGGUUUCAUGCAUGCCACCUCAUGUUUAAAAUUACCCAUGCUGGCCCUUUCAUAUGUAUUAUUACAUCAUUGUGGUAUGCUAAUGGUACCUAUGAACUGACCAUUGCAUGUGGUAAGUUCACUUAAACAUAAUGGACUACACAUGGAUCAUUGGAUAAGCACUUUACCAAGUUUUGUGUCUUUGUGGUGGUUUGUGUUAGCUAAAGUGCUUCCCUAGGAAAGACAGUGUGCUGAAUGAAACUGUUACAAAGUGAUAUUCUAAUAUAUAGAUUAAAACAAAUAAAACUAAAAGCCCUCUUCUAGUUUCGCCCCUUUCAGACUGGACCCAGAAAGCCUCUAAGAUGGCGUAUAUUGAGGUGGGAUUAGACUGUUUCAGCUUUGGAUAGAUAAUAAAAUAGCAGCAGAGUGAAUUUAUUCAUUUGAAGACUGUUCUGCAUCUUGUGUGUGCUCUAGCGCAUACAUAUAUACUUUCCACCUGUGCAAGGACACCCCUGUUAUUUUCGGAUCCACAUCUUGCAUAUUCAUCCUACAGGCUACAUGGCUGGAAUUCAAUGUGCAUAUGUUACAUUAGUAUCAUUGGCACAUCAGUGAAACAUAGCUGAAUUGAUAGACAUGUAUGCAAGCAAAAUCGUGGUAGUUCCUGAACAAGCUGGUGCUUCAUUGUGAUAUUUUUGCCCUUUCAUUUCUCUUAAGUAUGCUUAUUUUAGACCUCCUUAAGUACAUUACCCUUCAAUUAGCAAGCAUGUUUCCUGUUAGGAGUCUGUUCUAUGCAGGCAAAGAAGGCUAUAAUAAUGCGAGUUAAAAUGCAUUACUAAAAGGCAUUGUACACAUUCUUUGUCACUCCAGGCUGCCUUCCGCAGUCUGCUGGCUCAUGCUGUCCUAGUGGCGAAUCCAAAAAUAGAUCCUCAUUGCGUUGGGCCAGUGGUGGCCUUGGAUAUCGCAACUUCUACCUGUAAUUGAAAUAUAAUUUUGCUAUUCCAUUUUUUUCUUGUUUAUUUCUAACGGUAGCAAAAUGUAAAAUAAAUAUGCUCUAUAUUGUUGCUGUUCAUGCCUAAAGUCUGAAUGUGUUAAAUUUGUUUGAAAAAUGAAUAACUAAGUGAGCUGUGGAUCUGUUCUUGUUGUUCAAGGGUAGAAAGAGAGCAAAGGUAGCAGCCUGUACAGUAGUACCUUGGUUCCCGAACUUAAUCCAUUCCGGGAGUCUGUUCAACUCCCAAAGCCGCUUGAAAACCAAGGCGCGGCUUCUGAUUGGCUGCAGGAGCUUUCUGCACUCAAGCAGAAGUUGCGUCGGAUGUUCAGCUUCCCAAAAACUUUCGCAAACCAGAACACUUACUUCCGGGUUUGUGGCAUUCAGGAGCUGAUUUGUUUGACAACUAACCCGUUCAGGAACCAAGGUAUAAGGAUUGUGUUGUUCCCCCCCAGAGGUUAAGUGGUGGAAGAGCUUAAGGGCCUUUUCUAACUGAGUUUCAAGUACAGAAUUGGCAUUCUUCAGCUACACAUACAGUACUUACUUAAUCUAGACAGCCAUUUAUUUGUAUUUUACUAUGUAAAUGUACAAUUAUACAUAUACAUCACAGCUACAGAUAAUGCAAUUACAUUGUGAACUGUUCUGUUUUCUUCCAGUGUGAAAAACUCAAAUUAUUGCCUCCCCUCAUACACUGCUUAUAAGAAUUAUGACUACUCAGAGCCAGGAAGGCACAAUGAACAGCCUGGCCUCUGUGGCCUAAGUAACUUGGGAAAUACAUGUUUCAUGAACUCGGCAAUUCAGGUAGAUGUUUCAGUGUGCUUAUUAGGUUGGAAAGGGUUUUUAAAUGAUAAAAAAGAGUUGCUCGUAGAAUAAUAUCAAAAACCCAAAGUUGAAUUUAUAUAGGUAAAUGCCAUGUUUCCGAUUCUAUUGUUGUGCGUUCUUUAAACUCUUUUAUACAGAAUGGCUAUUGGCAGACAAAAACAUAGCUGGAAUCCUGCUAAAUUUAUUUAGUUAUAUGAGCAAUGAUAAACUAUAGGCUUUGGAAAACCGGUUGCCUUGUUAAGCUUACAUAAUACUUUUGUAGUGCUAUGUGACGAGUGUGAAAAAGAAAUGGGGACUUGAUAGAAAACCAUAAAAACCAAGGUUGGAAUUAAAUGGCUAGGCCUGUCUUGUAUACAUAGUAUUUCAUUUACAUUUGUUUACAGUGUCUGAGCAACACCCCUCCACUCACAGAAUACUUCCUCAAUGAUAAGUAUCAAGAAGAGCUGAAUUUUGACAAUCCUUUAGGAAUGCGGGGUGAAAUUGCAAAAUCUUAUGCAGAACUCAUUAAACAGAUGUGGUCAGGAAAAUACAGUUAUGUCACUCCAAGAGCAUUUAAGGUAAGAAGUAGGUCCUGGUAUGUUCAGAUUUGUGUUUAUAGAUGGUAUAUGACUUUGCAAUAGAGUGAGACUGUUAAAAAGUGGAAAUGUAUUAAUUGAAUGUUUUCUUUAUUAUUAUUUUUUAAAUGAAUCAAUGGACACUGAAAUACAUUUAAAAUGUUUUAAUUCUGUUGUUGCUCUCCUUGUGUCUUUCUCUAGACACUUAUAUCUAGCCAUAAUAAUUUCUGUUCUCUCUGUAGCUCAGUUGGUAGAGAUGAGACUCUUAAUCUCAGAGGGGAAAUAAUUCCUAUAGUCAACAGCAAUCCCCUUUCCUUGCCCCCAAGUCCUACUGCACACUACUUCAAUAGUGUAUUUUAACAAACUAUGCGAGAGAGAAUAUAUUUUUACCAUCUGUUCUUAAAGCUCAGUUACAUCAUGUCAAGUGGCACCAGCAUAGUAAUCUUGUGGUGUUAUCUCUAGACACAGGUAGGACGAUUCGCACCACAGUUUUCUGGAUAUCAGCAACAAGAUUGCCAAGAACUUCUAGCCUUUCUUCUUGAUGGCCUACAUGAAGACUUGAAUCGUAUUAGGAAAAAGCCUUAUAUUCAAUUAAAAGAUGCUGAUGGUAGGCCUGAUAAGGUAAAUGUUGAUUUCAUUGCAAUAUAUUUAGAAUAUUAAUCCAAAAGUAUAUAAAAAUAUAUUGUCAACCCAUAAGCAGCUGAAAUUUGGAAUAGAACUCAAAGAGGCAUACAGUGGUACCUCAGGUUACAUACGCUUCAGGUUACAUAUGCUUCAGAUUAAAGACUCCGCUAACCCAGAAAUAGUACCUCAGGUUAAGAACUUUGCUUCAGGAUGAGAACAGAAAUCGUGCUCCGGUGGCGCGGCAGCAGCAGGAGACCCCAUUAGCUAAAGUGGUGCUUCAGGUUAAGAACAGUUUCAGGUUAUGAACGGACCUCCGGAACGAAUUAAGUACUUAACCCGAGGUACCACUGUACUAUAUUGCUGUCACCAAACUCAGACAAUUACUUAAACUCUCAAAGGUAAUUAAAAUGAACUAAUGAAACUGAAGCAGAAUGUGUAUGCUAUUGAUUUUUCAAAAAAGGCAGUUGCCGCUUUUCACAGUUGUGACUUUUACUUUGUUGAUAGACAAAAGCGAACCAGCUGGACAUAAGUUAAGCUUUGAGUGAUCUUGUUAAAGAACAAGCAAGCUGUGAACUCCACAAAGGAGUGCUUGCCAGUACAGUUGUACCUUGGUUUUAGAACAGAACGUGUUCCGGAAGUCUGUCCGACUUCCAAAACAUUCGGAAGCCAAGACGCAACUUCCAGUUGGCUGCAGAAGCGUUCUGCAGCCAAUUGGAAGCCGCGCCGGAUGUUCGGCUUCCAAGGCAAAUUUCACAAACUGGAACACCUACUUCUGGGUUUGCGAUGUUCGAGUUCCGAGUUGUUCGUGAACUAAGCUGUUCGAAAACCAAGGUAUGACUGUAGAUGAACUUAACAAAGAGAGUAGAAAUUGAAACCUAUAGGUUAGUGGCAGGCUGCUUAGGGGGGCAUUAAGUUACAGUGGUACCUCGGUUUACAAACUUACUUCAUUCCAGAGGUCUGUUGUUAACCCAAAACCGUUCUUAACUUGAGGCGCAUUUUUGCUAAUGGGGCCUGCUGCUGCGCCACCGGCGCAUGAUUUCCAUUCCCAACCUGAGGCAAAGUUCUCAACCCGAGGUACUACUUCUGGGUGAGUGGAGUUUGUAACCCGAAGCGUUUGUAACCCGAGGUACCACUGUAUUUCGAAAGGGCUAAUUCCAUUUAAAAUAUUUGGUAGUUUUAUUACUGUAAUAGAAAUCUUAGCCAAGGCUCUAGUUUCCACUGAUACUUGAAGACUUUCCUUUUAAUACCUUGACAUUCCUAUACAGGAAAUUGUUUACUUAAAGCAUUUGUGCCCCGCUCCCAGAGCGACUUAGAGACAAAUAAAAAAGCAAGUAGACUAAGGUGCUAUGGUCAUGAUGACUAUAGAACCUCCAGAACCAAAGGCAGUAUUCCUCUGAAUACCAGUUGCUUGUGAAUCAUGAAUCAGUGGUAUUGUUUCGCUAGUCUCAUGUCCUGUUUGGGGGGCGGGGGGGGGGGCUUUCCAAGGGUAUCUGGUUGACUACUAUGAGAACGGAAUGCUAGAUAAGAUAGCAGUAUCUCUUACAUUCUUAGUAGUAUUAGAGUGGCUUUAAUAUAGAAGAGAGACACAAUCUAAGUCUGGGUUACUCUGCAGCUGUUUUAUUUCCUUGAGACUUUUCUGUAUGAAAAACAUUUGGAUGUUUCUCAUAAUAAAAACUCCAGAUAAUUGGGAGGUGGUAAAUGCCAUAUCCCAGCUUUCUGCUAACUUGAGGAAGCCCUACCAUUCUUGCCUUUCAUGGUGUUUUCUAAUGCCCUUUGCUUAAAAUAACUUGGCCCUUCUAAUUCAUGUGGUCCCUGUCGGUUGGUGCUAAUCAUUACACACUCAUGCCCUGUUCAAUACAUUCAAGUGUUAUAAAACAGUUCAUGGGGGGCAAAAAUACAUUAUUUCAAACAUUUGCUUUUACUUAGGUGGUUGCUGAAGAAGCUUGGGAGAACCAUUUGAAGAGAAACGAUUCCAUCAUUGUAGAUAUAUUCCACGGACUUUUUAAAUCAACCCUAGUUUGUCCAGAAUGUGCUAAGAUCUCCGUAACAUUUGACCCCUUUUGUUACUUGACUCUUCCACUACCCAUGAAAAAAGAACGCACUUUGGAAGUUUAUUUAGUUAGAAUGGAUCCGCUUGCCAAACCUAUGCAGGUGAGAAGUAUAGUAUUUACGCAUGUUCAUUGGAUUUCUGUUUUGAAGCUAUGUACUAAUUAUAGUUGCACAUUACAGCAAAAAUCUUGCAGCUGAUAAAGGAAAUUGAUAUGUCUGCUUAUAUUAUGAAAAAGAACAGAAGAAAUGUAGCAGGUAUUCUGAGUCAGGCCCCUUUUGAUUAUUGUUAGGGCCCAAUCAAUUCUUGUGUUGAUUGUAGUCCGUGUUAGAAACUGAGAUAUGAAAGCUAGGCGCUAAAUGGCACCUUAAACCUAGGCCAUGGGCUCAACAACAGAACGUGUAGGCACGCUUUUCUUUAUAACAAUAAUAUAAAGCUGAAAAUAUUAUGUUUAUUUUUCACAUGGUCUAGUCUUUCUCCUGCCCACCCCCCUAAUAUUCUUAAGAGGGUCUCUUCUCCAGUCUUCAGAGAGUAGCUGGAAGUGGGGAAGCAGAAAGAGGUCCUCCUUUCCUUCCACUUCACAGUUUUAAUCUGAAAUCUUAGGCCCAGAGCUCAGAAAUGGCUUGUGCAAAUGAAAUUCCCUAUUGCAAAAUGCGCCUAGAGCAAUGGGAGUUUCGAACACUGAUCGUAGUUGUUCAUUGUGUAUGUAUCUCAAACCUGCAUCGUUUGCCUGCGUUAAAAAAUUCUGCUGCCAUAGUGACCAGAUACAACCAUUAUAAAUAGUGCAAGCUAAGUGUGUGUGUGUUUAUUUUCUACAUUGAUGAAUAUCUGCUUUUGUUCAUUAAAUUGACUUGUUUGACAUAUAAUUUCUCAAGGAGGCAGAAUUUAUAAAUAGACACACAAUGCAUAAACACAAGCAAUAAAAAAGGGUGAUCAUCAGAUGAUCUAAUAGAUGAUAGCACUUGUUUAUAAGUGAAAUCUACAACGAAGAAAGAUGGUAAUGCUUUACUACAGGCUGGAAAGGAGCUGGGUGUGUUUGGAAGGCAAGAAAGAAAAUGCAAGUUGGAAGAUGACAGCUUUGAGAUGGGACAUGGCCUGCUCCUUACAUCCAAAAUGCAGCGUUACAGUUGUCCCCUGCAACACACACACAAGCUAUCAGAGAUUGGUGUCCUAGGCUUCUGGGUGACCCUUACCUCAGUAUGUCAAAGUCAACUGAGCUCAUAGGCUAUGAAAAUGUAUUUUUAAGGGGAAAUAAUGUGGUGAUUUAUAGCAGAUCAACUAUCCUUUCUAUAUGGAGACCUUAGUUGCACCAAGUUCUAGGUAACUGGAAAGGUGGAAAUUAUUUUGGAAUCUCUGGUUUUCCACAGUAGAAAACUGAGUUUGGCUUAACCAAUAAUAUUCCGAAAUUUGAAUAUUAAAAAGAAAGUAAGAAUCAGCACUUGGCAUUUAGCACGGAUGCCUCUUAGUUUGGCUAAAUAUAGGUUUGCCUGCUUAAUCUGUGGUUGCCCAGUAACCGAUUGUUCAUAGGAUCCUAUGAAAUUUCCUAACUAGUUUGAACCAUUUGGUUCUAAUCAAAAUUCUUUCCCUUUCCAUGUGUGGAAUUAGACGCUUUGAAAUUUAGAUAUAUACAUAAACAACAGCUUUAUUUAUACUGGCAAAUCUCAGCUAGAUACGUUUCUUAGGGCACUUCUUCCUUCUCAUAGCCAAUCUCAUAGUCACAUCAAUGUAUAAAGUUGGAAGUUAUAUUAAGUUGCCUUUCCGCUUUCUUAUUAAUGACACUGUUUGCAUUUUAUUUUUUAGUAUAAAGUAGUAGUUCCAAAAAUUGGAAAUAUACAGGAUCUCUGCACAGCAUUAUCAACUUUGUCUGGGGUGGCUGCAGAUAAGGUAUGGUGCUCAAUGGACAAAUGUAGAUCAUGUUUAAUGUUGUCUGACUUCCUAAGCAAAUUCAAGUGAUACGUAUUCUGUUUCUUUUUUAGAUGAUAGUUACUGAUAUAUACAAUCAUAGGUUCCAUAGGAUAUUUGCAAUGGAUGAAAAUCUGAGUAGUAUUAUGGAGCGUGAUGACAUUUAUGUGUAAGUAGAAAACGAACUUAAUCUAAACGGUAUUCCGUUUGUCAUGAAUUUCAUGUGGUUUCGUCUACUAAAUAAUAAUAAUGAUAAUUUAUUAUUUAUACCCCAUCCAUCUGGCCGAGUUUCCCCGGCCACUCUGGGCGUCUUAGAAUUGAGUGUUAAAAACAAUACAGCAUUAGAUAUUAAAAACUUCCCUAAACAGGGCUGCCUUCAGAUGUCUUUUAAAGAUAAGAUAGCUACUUAUUUCCUUCACAUCUGAAGGGAGGGCGUUCCACAGGGCGGGCGCCACUACCGAGAAGGCCCUCUGUCUGGUUCCCUGUAACCUCACUUCUCGCAAUGAGGGAACUGCCAGAAGGCCCUCAGCACUGGAUCUCAGUGUCUGGGCUGAACGAUGGGGGUGGAGACGCUCCUUCAUUGACUGCUUGGCAAAAUUGUGUGCUUUAUGUCACUAUGUUUAAUUGUGUGGGUCUGUAUUCUGCCUUAGAUUUGAAAUUGGCAUCAACAGAACUGAAGACACGGAGCAAAUUGUGAUUCCAGUUUGUUUAAGGGAGAAGUUUCGGCACAGCGGUUACAGCCACCACAGUGGUUCCACACAUUUUGGUCAGCCUUUCCUUAUAGCAGUGCCUAGAAACAAUACUGAAGAUAAGCUGUAUAAUCUUCUGCUUUUGAGAAUGUGGUAAGCGUACAAGAGAAAUGCUGGGAAUGCACUCCUAAUUGCACUAAGAAUGUAUGUCACAUAUUUGGACAUUGCUAACCUAGACGCCAUGAAGGAAACGCAGGGCUGUGUUAGGUCACCUGGAUGCCAGAACAAAGCUAAAGCUAGCAGGGAUGAUCACAAUUGAAAAAGACCUUUGAUCCUCCCUGCUUACCAUUCAUUACACUCCUGAUACGUUAGAGGGGGCAGGGAGGGAUAACAAAAAACAGUAAAGAAGUAAAUAGUCUGAGCAUAUGCAGAUUCACUUUAAUCCAAUCUUCAUGAUGGCUUAAGGAGGUUGCUUCUAGUGCUUCUCUGCUAAACAUGUUUAUUUGGGAAUAAGCCUCAUUUUGUUGCAGACAAUGAUAUAUUUUAAAAGUAAGAACAAUAAAAGGGGCAUCUAUAAUUAUGUAAGCUGUUUGGAUUGUUUUGGGUGGAGCCCUGGACUUUGGCCAUAGUUGCACAACCAUUAGUGUCACAAUUGUGCCUGAUCCUUUUAAUUUUUUCCCUUGCAAAUACACUAACAAGUUAGAAUAAAUGUAAAAUAUUUCGGAAGGAUAGCUUGGUAUAGUAACCGCUUGUGUUUCUACAGUAAUAGCAGUUAUUGUUCUCUUACACAGCUUCGUGAAAGAGGAGUACUGCUCACAUGGAGGAUGGGAGGAAAGUUAUAUUGUGCAUCACCUUGUUUUGUUUUGUCUUAAGAUGUUUCACUAUUUGUUACUUGGGAAAAUGAUGAAACAUUUUUUUAAAAAAAUAUUUUUUUAAAAAAAUUGUGUAACAAUUGAUGUGUUCCAGCCGAUAUGUGAAAACUUCUACUGAAACAGAAGACACCGAAGCAUCCUUGCAGUGCUGCAAGGACAAUGGUAUCAAUGGUAAUGGCCCAAAUGGAAUUCAUGAAGAAGGAUCCCCAAGUAAGACCUGAAUUAUCAAUAGCUGCCUAAAGCUUUGGUUCAGUUUUGAAAGGUGCUCUGAAACCUGCCUUGAUUGUUGUAAACCUCCCAUUAAAUCUCUAGCACUUUUGGAUCUCAGGAACCACAUUACAGAAACAGACAAAACACUUGUGGUGGGUCCAUAUUUCUUGCGUGUCAAGGCCCUGAGCCCUCCCCCAUUUGUUGAAUAAGAAAACACAUGGACACCAGUCUUUUAGGUUAAUGGGCUAAUUAAGGCCACAACUUUAUUGGUUACAGAAUGCAGCAUAUGAGUGGCAUUGGCUUAGGCACUGGAAUUGAACCGACUAUAUCUGACUCCUGCCCGCCAUGCAGGUAGUCCGGUAAGGGUCAACCACCAGUAAGGGGAGCUCUGAUGAUGUACAUCAACUAAGAGCUCCCCCAGGGUCCCAGAUGGGGUUGUGGCAUGGCCCUAGCCCAUACCCGGGCUUUGGAUGAGAUCCACAGCCCUGGAUCCCUUUAACGGAAUACCCUUAAAGAGGAGGGGCAGGUGAUGGCCACAACCUGCCCUCCCAUAAACCAGGUUUUACCAAUGCCUAACCGCCACACCCUACAAAGUUGUGACGAUUGCUAUGAGGUAGGCGAAAACCACAUGGCUGGUGCCAAUUUGCCAAGUGGAAAAAUUCCUACCAGGCCCCCUCAACAGGCGACCAACCAAGGUCCAUAGCAAGGCCAAGAUGUCAAACGUAUGAAAAAAGGGUGGAAGGGCGGGAGAUCCACUGAAGCAGGAACCAAGAGGGAGAACUAAAUUCACAAUGAUGUGAGAUGUGUAACAUUCUGUGCAAAUGACAGGCGGUGCCGCUAUAUCCUCCAUCCCAGGUGAAAUGGAAACUGACGAACAAGAUGAUGAAUCCAGCCAGGAUCAGGAACUUCCUUCUGAAAAUGAAAACAGCCAGUCAGAAGACUCUGUUGGAGGGGACAAUGAUUCCGAGAAUGGAUUAUGCACAGAGGACUCCUGCAAGGAUCAACUUAUAGGGCACAAAAAGCGAUUGUUCACAUUCCAGUUUAACAGUUUAGGCAAUACUGACAUCAAUUAUGUUAAAGAUGACACCAGGCAUAUUAGAUUUGAUGACAGGCAACUUAGGCUAGAUGGUAAGUUGUUGUUUUUUAUAGUGGGGUAGCUUUGAUUCUACUCCAUUCUGUUGUUAACAUUUCCUGUUAAAAUGUUCUGUGUAUUUUGUUGCUUUGCUGUUUAUUUUUAUCCUUUGUUUUGAGGCAAGCUCCUGAAUGCUGAUUAUGAUAAAAAAAAAUCAAACCGUCAUAUAAUAAAAUGGAGAUAAAAUUGAAAAUAGAGAACCAGCAGUAAAAUAAAAUAAAAAGCUUGGUGGAAUAAGGAAGUCUUUAGGGACCACAGAAAGCCCGCAAGGGAUGGGGCCAAGCAUGGUUCUUGAGUAAGGGAACUUCAGAAGUAUGGGGCCGCUACUGAAAAAGCCCUGUAUCAGGUGCUUGCCAAGCUGUUUGAGCACAGUGAAAGGUGCGAGAUCAGGCCUCCCACACUUGAUUUUGAGUCAUGGGCAGGUUCAUGUGCUUGUAGGUGGUCCAAAUAACUUGUUCUAUGGGUUGAAGCAGUAGUCUUCCAACGGCUCCAGCAAGGACCACCAUCACCCUAAGACUGUGCCUCCAAGUCCUACUCUGGGAAGACAGCCUAGAACAGGGGUCAACCUUUUUAUACCUACUGCCCACUAAUGCAUCUUUCUUGAUGGUAAAAUUUCCUUACCACCCACCAGUGCUCGAUGGAAGGGGGAUUCAGCUUGUGCCGUAGAACCCCCUACCGCCCACCUAGAAUCCUGAAAUGCCCACUGGUAGGCGGUAGGGACCAGGUUGACAACCCCUGGCCUAGAAGGAUACUAUGGUCAGUGGUAUCAAAAGGCACAAGGAGGCUUUCCCCACCCACCCCUGAGAACUUCUUUUAAGUCCAUUCCCAAAAGAUACACGAGUUUUCAGGCUUCCUGUGUUGGUUUGAACCAUUUUUUUCAAUUAUUAUUUAUGUCCCACCCUUCAAUUAAAUUCCAAGAGCAGCAUACACUAGAAAAAAAUUUAAAAACCAUUUUAAAAGAUAGAAACAUUACAGAAUAAAAGCAGUUUCUGAGCUGUCUUCAAAGACAGUCUUGCAUAUAACUCGUUAUAUCACAACGUUAACACAUUACAUUAGCUCUAAUCUAGAGAUUCCCAAAACAUGGUUAGCUGAGGUUUGGCUACUGUGUCUUAGUUUGGUUGCAAUUGAUACCUAAACUGGAUAUAGUAUAUCAGAUGGGUGUGUAUACAAACUUGGCAAACGGUUAGCAAGUCUUGGCCCUUUUAGACAGUAUUCUAUCUAGAGAUGACUGUGUACUACUAAGUGCCUACAUUGUAUCUAGCGGGUACAAAGCCCAGGGCAAUGUACUAAAAGAAUAAACAACAAAAUUAUAUAUGUGAUUAAAACAAAUGCAGAACAAAAAUAUUCAUGAAGUAACUUUUUUUUAAAACCCAUGUAAGCCACUUAAUAUGUUUGGGUUGGUACUUAUAGGACUAUUAUUAUUAUUAUUAUUUAUUAAAAUAAAUACAGCAUUUUUAAAGGAGGUUUCUACUCUUCUGUUUAGAAAGAUCUUUCUUGGCUUUGGAUUGGGACCCCGAAUAUAAAAAGCGAUUCUUCGAUGAAAAUGCUGCUGAGGUAUGUGAUUUUUUGUAAAAAAUAAUAAUAUUCUGGUUGAAUUAAGGAGUAGGCUGAAAUGGCCAUCCCUAAGUCGCCACCCUGUUCAGAGGUGGGUAACUGGGGGCAUCCAACUCAGGGGCCACAACUUGAGAACUCAAAAGGAUUUCAGGGAACAGAGCUUAUUGAUCUGGUAGCAGAGAAGAUUCUUCCCUUUUUUUUGCUUUCACCUUCUGUACCAGCAUAGUAAGCUCCCUCUUACCCAAACCAGCAGAAAUCACUUUGCGCCAUCAUUUGAUUUUGGGGGUUGUCCUAAAUGCUCCCCCCCAAAUCAGACAAAUUCCAAAACAGGGCAAAAGGACACCAAGCCUAGGGAACGGUAAAUUCUUUCGAAAUAAUUUAGCAUAGUUCAAUAUAGGGAAAGUUUGUUUUCCAUUUGGGUUAGCUUUUCCAGAAUUGGGAGCUUGUAGACCUUGUUUUAUAGUAAGACAACAUCACUAAAAUGAGUUUUGUUUUAUUUGUUCUCUUAACGCAAGAAAUACUUCUCUUUAGGAUUUUGAAAAACAUGAGAGCGUGGAAUAUAGACCUCCCAAAAAGCCCUUUGUGAAAUUAAAAGAUUGCAUUGAAUUGUUCACAACAAAGGAAAAGCUAGGUGCUGAAGACCCAUGGUAAGAGCAAUUGCUUAAUGAGUGUGAAUGGGUAGAAGGAAAGGGGUUAGAGGGGGGAGAUUGCACAGCACUCAUCAGAUUGUAUCCCUGACAAUGCAAGAGGCUCAAAUUUUACCCCAGCUUCAGUUUCAAGUCCUGCUCUAAAGAGGGCUAAGCCUCAAGUAGGGGGUCCCCUACCAGGGUCAUUCCAUAUCAAGUGAUUCAACUUUUUUAUCUUGUGUCAUUCAGUUUUCUUAAUAUUUUGUACACUUUUUGACUGAUCAAAACUCAGUUUAAAUCUAAAAUUUUAUUUUUAAAAAAAUCUCGUCCCGUUUGUGAGUUAUGAGGGCUUGAAAUUUCUAGAAAUUGACAAUUUUGGCCUUGCCAGACUACAGAAAAACCUUAAAAGCUCAGCCUAGAAUUGAGAUACGUCAAAACUAAAAACACCGAUCUCUUCAUGGACUUUAAUAUGAUAUGUCAUAUGAUGCACUUACUUUAAAAUUUAAAUGUAAGUGACAAAAUUUAACAUUUUUUAAAGGGAUUAAAAAAAUUAUAUGAUUAAAUUUUUCAAAAAAAAAGUUAUUGAUUAUUUAAUAUUUCUAAGAGCUACUGGCAAAAUUUCAUGUUCAGAUCUCAGUGGGAUCACAUUUUUUAAAAAAAUACUUUGUAUAUACAUGUCUGCCUUAUUGGGUUCUAUUUAGGAUAAAUUGGAGUAAAAUAUUUCUUCUGUGACAAGACUUCAAACUAUAAUAUCAGUUACAUUUCUUUAAAAAGUUACUCAAUUAAAAGGUAUCUGAAAAGCUAGUCAGGCUUUUCUAUUUAAAACGUAUACCAAAGCCGAGUGAAAGCUUGCUAUAUUGCAUGUUAGAAUUAACACUUUGAAAGAAUUCUUGCUAGGAGAGAUGGGUCCACAUAUUUCUUCCAUUACCGAGAGAAGUGAGGCAAGAAACACAUGAGCCUAAAUCUUCUCCUUUUUCUUAAGAAAAAAAUUGAAAAUAUCUAAAGGGACAUAUGUGACUCAAAUCCAUAAAGACUUCAGUCCUAAAUGCAACUUCCCCCGUGUGUUUUUUAGGCCUUGGACAGUAUAGAUAUGCUUAGGAGCUAGAGGAACCUUUGCUAGCUUGAUGCCUUUCAUAUGUUUUGGACGACUCCCAUCAUGUUUACAGGGAUUGACAGGAGUUGUAUUUCAAAACAUCUGGAAGGCACCAGCUGGCGAAGGUUGAGCAGAGCCAAUAUGCAGGCCAGAAAUAACUUAUGUCUGAAGAGCUAGGAUUAGUCAUUCAUUUACCCAUCACCUUUUAUGUUAACCCUAUUAGGAGUGGUAAAGCGUUCCGUUUGCAUCGGCUUCAGAAGAAACAGAAGCAGGGGAUCUCUCCAGAUCACACUGUUAAUUAAGAUCAUGAAUUUGAAUAAGUAGAUGUUUAGUUUAUUAAGUAUAGGCCCUAAAGCCGGUGUGUGGAACAUGUGUCCUUGGACUCCCAAAGCCCACCAGCCUCUGUCAGGAUGGAAUCUGGAGUGCCACAGGUUGCCAGCCCCCGAUCUAAAGAAUACCUUCGUAUUUGUCAAGACGAGCUUUACUCAGUCAUGGAGAAGCAUUAAUUACAUGAUGUUUUAAUUUCACUGUGACGCAAAACUUUGACUUGAAAUGUGUUUUUCUUGUAGGUAUUGCCCAAAUUGUAAAGAACAUCAGCAAGCUACCAAAAAACUAGACUUGUGGUCGCUGCCACCAGUACUGGUAGUGCAUUUAAAACGUUUUUCUUACAGCAGAUACAUGAGAGAUAAGUUGGAUACUUUGGUUGACUUCCCUAUAACGUAAGAAAACCAUAUUUAACAACAAUUGAAUAGUUUAGUUUUUUUCUGUUUUGUUUUGAUUUAUUUAUUUAAUUUAUUGAUUAUGUAGGCUUAACUCACUGUGAACACAACAAAGCAUUUUCCAGGUGCCCUAAAAGAAUAAUUUGCUUAGCAUAAGUUGCAUUUGCCUUGCUAGUAACGGUCAAGGUUACUACAGCUAAGACAUUUUCAGUGCUGUUACAUAGCUUUCAUUGAUGUUGCACAACCUGCUCUUCACUGCUCCAAAUUAAAAAUGACCCCUGUGUUUUCCUAGCAGUGGGCUACCCUGCUAAUUAGUUUCUGUCCAAACAAUUCCUCAGAUAUUAAUGUACGGUCCUAUCAUUCUAAUCUUAAAUACAUUUUCAGUUGUGACUUCAGAAAGGCUUGGAAGAAAGUUCUUAUUGAUAGUGUUGCCUAGAGUAAAAAUGCCCCUUUAAAAGCUUUCUACAUGAAUGAGCAGUUAAUAUUUGAGGAUUGCUUGAUUUUAGUUAUUUAGUACAUUUCUAUCUUCCACGGAACUCAAGGUAGAAUACAUUGCUCUUCCAGAUCCCAAUUUUAUAUUCACAACAUCCUGUUGAGAUAGGCUCAAGUGAGCAUCAUGGAUUUAGCUCAGGCAUAGGCAAACUCUGCCCUCCAGAUGUUUUGAGACUACAAUUCCCAUCAUCCCUGACCUCUGGUCCUGUUAGCUAGAUAUGAUGGGAAUUGUAGUUCAACAACAUCUGGCGGGUCAGAGUUUGCCUAUGCCUGAUUUAGCUGUUCUUUCUAGUCCUGGUCUGACACUCUAAACACUAAAUAGGCUGGCUUCUCCCAUUUCUUCUUUAACAAGGACGCCCAGUAAAUAUAAGUGUGUAUGAAAAUGCCUUGAUGAAUACGUACCAGUUAAAAGACCUACAUCUGUUGCUUUGCAUAAGGUUUGGAGUGAGUGCUUUGUCUCAGUUGUGUUGAAAUCAGAUGUAAAACCUGCAACCAGUUCUUGAAUAUAAAUCCAGAAUUAAUGAGAUACUUUCUUUGAAACAGUGAUUUGGAUAUGUCGGAAUUCCUUAUUAAUCCAAAUGCUGGGCCUUGCCGCUAUAAUUUGAUUGCAGUUUCAAACCACUAUGGAGGAAUGGGUGGAGGGCAUUGUAAGUAAUUUAGUUUGUUCAUAAGAUAAUACAUUUCUUUAUUGUGGCCUGUUAUUAGCACUUUAAGGGAAAAUAUUCUUGUCCUAUCCUAGACACUGCUUUUGCAAAAAAUAAAGAUGAUGGAAAAUGGUACUACUUUGAUGACAGUAGCGUGUCCACUGCAUCUGAGGAACAAAUAGUGGCAAGUAUAUUUUAUUUUCCUAGAAACAAGACGUAACAUGGACUUGCAUAUAUAUUUUAGUAAGAAAAUAAUUUGCAACAGGGAUAAUCAGGAGUUAAAUACGGAUCUCCUGGUGGAUUUCUGAGCAAGGAUUUCUGACUCUCAACAUAAUAAUGGCAAUGACAAAAUAACUUCCCCACCCCACCCACAUUACAUUUCUGAAAUGGGAAUUACCAGAAGUCGGGUUUUUGUGUGGAAGAACUGUGAGCUCAGUUCUGUUCUAAACUCAGAACAAAUUUCUGGUCCCAUGAUUUUUUUUUUAAUCUGAGAGUUGAAUCCAACCAAUUUUUACUCACAGUAGGCCUAUCAAAUAAUGGCAUGACAUUACUUAGGUCCACUCAUUUCAGUGAAUCUACUCUGAGUAAAAGUUCCCUUUGGUUGGUUAUAUUUAAAAAAAAAAAAAGGAAAAGAGCUCCCACAAACCUGAAGUCUGCCCACCCCGAUUUACAGUGUAAUUUGAAAUAGCAGUAUGCCAAAAUGUUACAUACUUAGUACUUUGGCUUGAAGAACAGCCUUGGAAAUCUAGAAAGGCUUACCAAAUGAGUAAUACGUUCUUCAAUAGAAAGCAGUUGCGGAAAGGUUUAAUUAUGUCAGUUCAUAAAUACCAAUAUGAAUUUGGGUGCCGUAGUGAAAAACAGUACAAAUACAGAAUCCUUUCUGUGAAUACCAUUGUCGGCUUUCUGGGCCCUUGUUUUUCAACCUAUGAAAAUGGAGAUAAUACUAAAACUUGGUUGUUCCUUAUUUUGCAGUCCAAAGCAGCGUAUGUGCUCUUCUACCAGAGACAGGACACAAUAAGUGGAACUGGCUUUUUUCCUCUUGACCGGGAAACUAAACAAGGUGCUUCUGCCGCCACAGGCAUCCCAUUAGAGAGUGAUGAAGACAGUAACGAGAAUGACAACGAUAUAGAGAAUGAAAAUUGUAUGCACACUAACUAAUGGAAGACCUAGAAGCCAUACAGAGAAAAACUUUCUUGUGGGAGAUACCUACUAAAGCAUUGAAAUUACCCACCAAAUUAAAAAUAAAAUCUGAGAUGGGAAAUUUCAGAUGACAGAAUGUAAAUCCUUAUUACAUUUUAACUUGUGCAGUACUUGAAGUGAAACACAAUGAAAACGUUAACAGAAUUUGUCUCCUAUUACCUUUACAAUCUUGUAUUCACAAGCUAUAUACGUAUAGGAAAUCACAAAUAAACCCCUUUACAAUUUCUGCUGCAGUUUGGAUGAAUUAUGGAUUUUUUGUUUCGGAUGCGAGUUAUUAUCAACAAUUUGUGGAUUUGGUUUUUGUGUAACACCACAAGAAUAUUACUGCCAAGCCUUUAUUUUUGGAUAGGUGUGUCCAUAUACAUGUAACAAACUUCAAUUUGCCUAGUAUAUGUGACCAAUAAGUGCAGCAGUAUUCUUGCAACACCAAAUUUUCAAGUUUAUCCCUGAAAUAAACGUUGAUUAAAAAGAAACUUAAUCAUGAUAGAAAAUAACUUGGAAAAGGUGUUUUAACCUUUUGUGGUAUAAGUAAACUUCCAGAAUAUUAUGUUCAUCUUACUGCUGCUGUGGAACAGGUUCUGGAUUUCAUGCUGCAUUAAGGAAUUGAAUUUUUCAAUUAAAUGUAAGUAUCCCUCAUUGCUUGUUGGAUCUACUUUGUAAACAUAAUUCCUGUUACCUUGCUUAUAAGAUGUGCGUAAUUUUAAUCUGGUGUCAGUCCAAAAAUUUUAAUUGUGCUGUAAAAGUCCCCACCCCACCCCAUUUUUGGUAGUUUGGCAAUUUUGCAAACUACAUGCCGUGUAAUAGGGUCCGAUUUUUAAUAGUAUACUGUAUUCAUAGUAACGACUGUGCAUCAAGCUUAGAUGACUUUUCCAUAUAACUUGCCUUCAAAUUGUUAAUGGGCAACUGGUUUAAAGGUAGGUCUGUUAAUUUUCAUGUGCGUUCUUGGUGGAAUUCACCAUAGCCUUACAUCUUAUCUCAAAAAAGGUAACUUUAUUAUAGAAGAUUUGGCAUUUGCAUGUUCAAGAGUCAGAACCUGUACAGUAAGUAGAUAAAGCAUACAUACCUUGAAUUGGAUUUUAAUUAACUGUGUUCAAGAAGUCUGGGAUGCCAAAAAUAAGUGUAACAGUUUGAAACAUUUUUUUUAUUUGCUGCUUUCCCUUUGAUAUAGUUGGAAGAAUGUAUUGUUGAUUCAUAUACAAUACUGCCUUUGACAGGAACUCCCUAAGUGUGGAGGCCCACUUCACAUAUCUACUACCUGAAGUCCCACCAUUGUUAAAAGCAAAAAGUAUGAUCUUCACUUGAACUAAUCAAAUACAAUAAGUUAUAAAUUGUGUAUUGUAAAUAAAGUUCACUCUGUGAGUGCACAUUUUGGUAAAUUAUUUAUUUAUGUUAGCAUUUGAAAGUUUAAAAUUGCAUUUGACCAGGAUAAAAAAAUUAGGUUUGUGGACAUGGCUUUGCUUUAUACUUUGAUAUUAAAAGCUGGUGUUUCAUCCUGGUAUUUUAAAGCUGCUUUCUGUUUUUUUAAAUGUAAGCUUAGCCUCCUGCAUGACAGAGGUUAAAAAAUUGUCUGCACUUGAGUUCACUUGGGUUUACAUUUGAAAUGCGCAUGUUUUAUUUAUAAAAAUUUCAAUAAAGCUAUUCAAGGCCUU